UAACUGGCUCACAGACAUAAGACCUAGAAAACAUUUAAACUGUAGUUAAAUAAUCAAGCACUAUGAAAACAUAAUGGAACUAUUCACAAAAGAGUUGCUUGGAAAACAUACAAAAGCCUAGUGAGAGAUAGAGAGACAGAAUUAAUGGCCAGAAAACUACAGCACUUAGGUCUUUAAAAAGGAAAUGAUUAGGUAGAGAAUAGUGCUUAAAACAGGAAUUUUGAAGAAGAUAAUUGCUGGUAUUAUCAGCCUGCAAGUACGCCUUGUAUUUUUUUAAUACAUAUAUAAUUUAUGUUAGUCAGGAAAGGAUCAUUCACUGAUCGAAUAUGCCAUUGUAGAGUUUGUGAGUGCAAACUUAGGAUUCCUUUUCCCGUCUCCUGGAGCGAUCUUUUCCCCUCUCCACAAAUCGAAGGAAGUAGGCAUCUGAUUUUCACCUAGGGUUAAUAAAAGCUAAAAGUAAACUGUUAAAAUUCUACCUAUGCUGAGCCCGAGAAGGAGCUGUGAGCCAGCGCGGUUUAGGACCCAGAAGGCCCCGCCAGGCGGCAGUUGUGUAGAUCACUGGGAGACUCUAAAAGGGUCCAGUUUUAAUUCUCUCUCUAAUCUCUGCAACAGCCGCGCUUCCCACAACAGCUCAAGGUUGGGCUGAUCCCGACUGUGGCUUUGGAUUUUUUAUCCCCGCUCCCAAUCCCCGGCGGAAACCGCAUUAACUGGCUCCUUCGCAAUGGAAACCCUCGAGGAAAAAGUGGCUUCAGUCGCUCGAGCCUGAGAUCGCGGUAUCUAAAGGAGAGGGGCACGAAAAUGAAGACGCUGAUGGUAAGUCAGUUUCGCAGGAACUAAAAAUGGUCCCAGAUUACGCCCCCCCCCCCGCCUCCGGUCCUUAGGAACUGUGAAGCGAAACCACCAGACCUGGCUGGGAGUUGUCGGGAGAGACAGACAAGAAAGACCCCAGGCUUCCUUUGGGUCGGGUGAUUUCAGCCUCUGUGCAGCUUGCCCUAUUUAUUUAUGGGCAUUUUUGCUCCAUGGGCAAUUUUGCAAGGGGGUCUUGGGCUGAAACCUUGUCAAGGAAGAGAAGCAAAGGAACUUCCCGCCUGCCUUAUUUUUAAAUAGCAAAUAGGUUCACAUGCCAUUAUGAUGGCUGUUGGUGUUCGGCUGAACCGACUUGCCUUGCAAGGAGGGAUCGCGGGCGCUUAGGGCAAUAAUCACGGGCAGGCAUUGCUCUCUCUCCCACCUAAAAAACUGCAAAACGUGGGAGCAGUGGGAAUGGCAGCGAAAGGGUAAGCCGGAAAAGUGAGAGGAGGAUAAGAGACAGGGGCUUAGGAAGGCAGAAAGCAGAGUGUGUGUGGAGGGGGGGGGUCAAAUUCAGGAGGAAGCUGCACUUUUCAAGAGGCUUCUCUGCUUUGGAACUUGCAGGGGCUGGAAAUAGACGGUUCCACCCCUCCCCACCCCGGCUUCUUCCGCCACCCCAGAGAUUAAAAUGGUAGCGCUGGGUGGCACCCGCCCGCACCAACCUGCAAGGAUCUCUCCAUGGAGAGGAGACCCAACCCCUUCCAGAAGAAGUUAAAACUUGCAAAGGCUACCAAGACGCGGAGCUGCAUUCUCCUCACAUCCACCCGCAUCCCCGCCAUAAAAAAAGGACGGGAAACUUGCAAAAAGAAAGGGGCUGCCUCACAUGAGUUAGGCUGGCGCGGGUGUGGAGAGAAAGAGAGAGAGACGCCGAGCUUUUAUUGACAACAAUCAGAACUCCUCCAACAGCGGCGGGUUGCAAAGGCGAGGCGGGAAGCGGCGAGGCGCGCGCGGGGCGGGGCUGGUGAGGCGGGAAGGAGAGCGGCGGGGAAGCGGGAGACCUGGAGGGGCGGCGACUGAGCCGCGAGGGACCCCGGCGACGGUGCUGCCGCCUGAGCCGCCCGCGCGCAACGCCUCCUGGCCGCCGCCGCCGCCGCCGUUUCCCGCUCCGCCGUCUCCACCACGUCCGGCCUCGGGCUCCGCAGCGCUCCGCUCGCCGCCUGCCUGGUGGGGAGCGCGCUCUCCCCUGCGCACGGCGGGUUCUCUCAGCGUGUCUCCUUGUCCCCCUUUUCAGCGCCAUGGGCUGGCUGUGUCUUUAGCGCUCACCACCAUGUGCACUAGCUUGUUGCUCAUGUAUGGUAGCAUCGGUGGCGGAGGCGGAGGCGCUGGUAGUGGCGGCGGCGGCGGAGGAGGCAGUAGCGGCGACGGAAGCCCGAAAGAGCAAAGUCAACCGCAGCAGCAGCAGCAGCAGCAGGUGGCGGUGACGGCGAGCCAGAAGCCGGAGAGCCCUCAGCAACUGGGCGGCAGCGGGCAGAGGCGCCUCCCCGACCGCCCCUUGGAAGGCUACAUCGGGGUCCUGGACCACAAGGUGAGCGCAGGCGGAGAGGUGCGGGGGGAGGGGGAGGAGGCGAAGGGCGGACAAGGGCGCCGAAGAGGGAGCUCCUCUGGGGCCCUUGGCUUGGGCCGACUGAUGAAAGUUCUCCGGGAAAAAGGUGUGUGUAAUAGACAUUUCUGUUCCAUGAACUAUGGGGAAAUAGCAUGGGAGUUAAGGUAAGGGAAAGGGACCCCUGACCAUUAGGUCCAGUCGUGGCCGCCUCUGGGGUUGCGGUGCUCAUCUCACUUUAUUGGCCGAGGGAACCGGCGUACAGCUUCCGGGUCAUGUGCCCAGCAUGACUAAGCAGCUUCUGGCAAACCAGAGCAGCGCACGGAAAUGCUGUUUACCUUCCUGCCAGAGCGGUACCUAUUUAUCUACUUGCACUUUGACGUUCUUUCGAACUGCUAGGUUGGCAGGAGCAGGGACCGAGCAAGGGAAGCUCACCCUGUGGGGGGGGAUUCGAACUGCUGACCUUCGACCUUCUGAUCGGCAAGUCCUAGGCUCUGUGGUUUAACCCACAGCACUACCCUCAUCUGGGAGAUAAGGAGCCACGCUCUUCUCAGAGGCACUGAGAGUGGAGUGCUCCACGGACAUACAGCCCUGUGGGAUGUUUUUAGGGAUCACGUUGCCAUUCAAAAGGCUACCCUUUAUUCCAGGGGCAAUCAAUCCAAAUUAUUCUGUAGAUCGCUUUGGAUCGCUUUCUGUGGGAAAAAAAACAAAAAGCAGCAAAUACAUGUUGUUAACAAUAAUAAUGAAUUCACAUAGACUCCUAUAGAAGGGACCAUAAGGGUCAUCGAGUCCCACCUUCUGCAAUGCAGGGAUCUUUUGCCCAACGUGGGGCUCGAACCUAUGGCUCUUGAGAUGAAGAGGCUUGUGCUAUUCCAGCUGAGCCGGUUUUAUUUUAUUUUAUUAAUAUUGCCUGAUGGGAUACCUCAGAGCAAACGCCACAUACUGUCUAUUGCUCGUUAAGAGAGAAACUUUUUUUAAAAAAAAAUAUAUACUUAACAUAUUUUGAAGAACGAAUGGAAAAUGUAUAGAAUUAAUCAAUGUAAAACUCAGUAAUCGAUAAUAACAGAAAGAGAGAGAGAGGAAUGUUUCAUUUGGUGGCUGUAUACAGUGGGUGGUAUCCUAACUAAGGCUGCAAUCCAAAUCCCACAGGAGGCGUUGGAUUGCGUGAAGAUGUUUCCCCUCUUGUUUCUGCUGGCUCAACUAGCUUCCCAUGUGUGGGUGAGCAGAAGGCCUAUUGGUGUCUCUGCCAGCAGAAAGCCCCCAAGUGGGGCAGGGUAAGGCUGAUUCCACAGCCAGUGCCAACCAGCACAGAGCCUAAUUUGGGCCCAAUCACUGUGCCGUCUUCCACUGUUGCCACCAUGAGUGGGUAAAUUCAAUGGGUCUGUUCCCUGUAUGGCUUAGUCAGAUACCACCCACUGGUUUCACAAUUGGGAAGUGUCUUAACAGGGAGUUCUGUUACACUGGGAGCUUUUCCAGACAAAAAAUUUUUGGCAUGGCCUAAAUUAUCAGAAUCAAACAGAUAAACAGGCUUUAAUCACUCCCUUUUGCAGAAGUGUUUUUGUGAAAAAGGCACUACCUUCAGAAGGAAUUCCUUCCUUUAAAGCAGAGGUCUGCAACCCGCGGCUCCGGAGCCGCAUGUGGCUCUUUUACACCUUUGCCGCAGCUCCGGGGCGGAUACUAGCGAGGGGAGGAGGUGCAUUGUGCGCCCCGACACUCCCCACUGUGGCGGGCCCUGUACUGGCUGUGACGUCGCAUGGGGGCGGUGCGUGCGUUAGUCACGCACCGUCCUGACGUCACCUUCCCGCCCGCUGUCAGAUCGCGACUCCGGAGAUAUAUUUGUUUUAAAUGUCGCAAUAGUUUUGCGGCUCCCAGGUUUUUUUCCUUCGGAAACGGGUCCAAGUGGCUCUUUUUGUCUUAAAGGUUGCAGACCCCUGCUUUAAAGUAAGCUUCAUCUGCCAGUUUGUAGGUCUGCCUGUAAUGGGCAACGUCUGCUUCUUAGCAGAUCAAAGUCUCUAACAUUGGUUUUGAAGGCUUUGCAGACCCCACAGAAUCAAUAUUCUCAAGGGCAAAGGAAAGAUAGUUGGCUUUUUAAAAUAAAAAUGGUGCAUACAAAUUUCAACCUCUCCAUUGGGCCUUGGAUAAAUGAUACUGAUGAUGCAAUGCUGUGCAUGCUUUAUGUGUACUAUACAAACCUAUUUGCAGAAGUAAACUUUGGUGUUGUAGAUAAGUUCAGAAUGACACUCUUGUCAGUAGUAAUAUUUGCUACCGAUGAUACUUUCAAGACUGAUAGUCUCUAAUUGCGUUCUGAAGCAAAGGUGACAAAGUAUGGUUUUCUUAAUGCAGCAAGAAGUGUGGGAAGAGGUCUCAGAUUAUUGUGGUAUAAUGGGAUUUAAAUGUAUAUUAUGUGUGGAAAAACUGGAUAAAAUAUGUGCACAGAAGCACAUGCCUCCUAGGACUUCACAGUAAAUUCUUAGCCUAUGAAAAGCUACUAUGUCACCAUGAAGGCUUUGAGCCUGCCUUCUCUAUUUCUACCUGCAGGGAGCUGGGUGUUGUCAUUGCUUUAACACAUGGGGGCAGUUCAGACAGGUAAUCUCCACCUAUAGUCUGAAGACAUUCCAUUCCAUACAAGUGCUCUUUCUACACAUUUCAGGUGGCUGUUCAGAGUAAAUCGACAAGAUUUGACUGUGAUUUUGGUAGUAAGCAUUGUAGUAAUUGUUGUCCUUUGGUUGUUUUUAAAAUCAUACAUCUACUGAUAGGAGUUACUUAAAAAGCAUGAUUAAGUGAUACAGGAGAUGAAGUAUGGAUUAAUUUGAGAUAAAAAAAUUAAUUACUGCACCUUUCUAUUAUAAGGCUAUGGCCCCUGUGCACAGUUCCCUUGAAGUAAAUGCUUUACAAAUCGACAAAAUUUAGGUAAGGGUGCUUCAGGACUGGAGCCCUUCACCACUGCUGAGGCAUUGCUUUUCUAUAACUAGCUAGGAGUAGAACUGAGACAUAGGGCUGGAAUUCAACAUCAUACUAUGUGGGUGUCCCAUCCGUCAAGGAGGAGCCCUCAUGCAAGAUUUGCACAGAUGGGACUCAUUGGGUGAAUCCUGCCCAAAGGUUCCACACACUGCUUAAUAGAGUGCUUUAUUAUCCAGCAAUGCCAUUCCCAACGGCAACCCAGAAGACUGCUUUCUAAUGCCUACUACUCACAAGUAAGUUCUUGUUGUCAGUAAAGCUCAGUUUUCGUGCUAAUAAAAGGUUUUAUUGCACCAGGUUUUUGGGGACUGAGUGACAAAUAGCCCCUGGCUUAUCACUUGAAUGAAGUCCAUCUCAGUUGGUCCCCACGUCGGUUUCUUUUUCCUGUGGUAGAAUAACUCUUUAAUUACUGAUUUCUUGUCAUUUAAAUCAUUAUUUAUUUUUUAAUGGUGCCUUUAAUAAAGCAUUUUAAAAAAGAAAAGAGAACAGAAGAGUAGAAGCCGCUACAGGACAUUCAGCAAUUUACGUUGCAGUCUUAAGCACUCUUACUAGGAAGCUCAAUGGGGCUUCCUUCAGAGUAUACAUAAUGAAGUUUAUUCUGUUAGAGAGACUAUUCAAUAAGCAAAUCUGAGGCUAUUUAUUUCAGGAGUCCUCCAGCACGCAUCAACAGAAAGCAAUAAAGCUGGCUGAAGAUGCAAAGAGGAAGCAUUCAGUGUAAAAGCACAAAAUCCCAGAAAGACUUCAAACACUGUGCCUACCUACUGGACAGACUUUCUUACAUAGAGCAUAGAGCUAUUUAGUUAUCUGGUUGCAAGAAUUGUGUUUUACCCAUAAGUAGGUCUAGUAACAUCGGGGAAGCAAUGGACUAACAAUGACAACAUGUGAAUGCUCUAUGAAAAGUGUAUAAACAACAACUGGAAAUUCCACAGAAGAGAACAACUUUGGAAAUACCCUCACAGUGUAUUUAGGAACAAGGUGUUGAAGGUUGUGUCUGACAGCAGUACUAACAGAUACAUAGAUAACUUUGCAGUUUCCAUCACAACUUCACCUGAAAAUUUUUUUUAACAUUGUAUUUUCUCUUUCCAUGCAUCAUACAUAAUUCCUAUGGGAUCUAUUCAUGACUAUAUGUCAAAAGUAAACAGCUUCCUCCCUUCCUUUCAUAGUAGGUUCAAACACUAUAUAUAGCCUUGAUUUGAUGAAAGCAGGGUUGUUCUUUCAAGAAAGAAGUAUCAGCGCAAUUUUCAGAUAGUUUAACAAAAACAAAAUGAAGUUGACAGCAGUAACAAAUACGGAAGAUAAUGUUGGUCACUUGCAGAUAAAUACCAUGUACAGAACUUGAAUGAAAAGACAGUUCAGUAUUACUUUUAAUACAUGGAAAAAUAAAUAAAGGGAUCUGGUUCAAGUGACUUGCUUUUUCUAGUUAUAAUGAGAUAUUUCACAACCGACUUAACAUUUGGAAACUGGAAGAAGGUAAUUUUUUUCUAUAGAAAUAGUUGAAGGAAAACCUCCAAGUAUUAACUGGUCUGAAGACUUAGAAUAUGUUGCUUUCAGAGAGCAUGAUGACUAGCAUAAUUUAAUUGUACCACACUGAUAUAUAUAUAUAUACAUAUGUGCAUGCAUAUGCUAUAUAUAUCUAUAUAUAUAUUUAAUGAAGAGUAGUUCUGCAAAUAGUUUGAAAUCUCCAUAGUCUCCAGUUCAGAACAUACUUGGCGACAUAAUUACUUUGUAUAAUUGAAGCAAGAGAGAAAAGGUUAUUGCUGUUGGAGAACAAAAAUAAUAAUAAUUCUCUUCUAUGGAGAGCUUUUUGUAAGAGAUGGAAUCUGUUGAGGGUUGCUGCUUCAUCUCUUGUGAUGCAAGAUAAGGCCAUGAGGGAAUGUAUCUGGUACUCAAUUUAAGCUUUACAUCAGUUACUUCUGCUCAUUAUGUUGGUGUAUGUAGUUUUCACAUAUCUUUCUUUAAAAAGCCAGGUAUGCUUUGUUAUCAAGUAAGCCUGCAAUCUUUUGUUCACUUUCCUAAGAGUAGCAUCCAUUGAAAGUACACAGUCAAAGGGCUUGUGCUGAGCAUAUAGAUAGUAAUGGAGCAUUUGCUGUUCAGUAUCCACCAACAGGAGUCUUGGGGUGGAAUUCAAUGUAUCAUUAAGGGAGGUAUGCAUGAGCAGACCAUGGUCUGCUAGUGCAACGGAACUUUCUCCCCUCUGUUCCCCCUAAGUUUCCCCACUCCCCACCCCCUAAAGUUCCAGGGGUUUCCCCAGAACUUUGGAAUAGGAGACAAUCUGGAUGGUUAAAGAUUACCGUUUUUGCUCUGAAAGGUGAAGUAGUUGGAUCAGCUGUAUGAUCACUUUGUUCUAGAAUAGGCUGUCCAAAGGUUUCUGUUCUAUAUAAGACGAUGGAGAUAGGCUUUCUUUCAUGGUCACUUACCAUGAAAGCUUGAAAUAACAAGUUUUUACUUUCAAACACAUCACAAUUUAAUCAGAAUUAAUCUAACAUUCUAAAAAGCAUUGCAUGGAGGGGAACAGGUCAAAUAAUCAAGUAACCAGUUAGUGGGUAAACUACCUUGUGUUUAGCAUUAAUAGGUUAACCAUGCAAUUGUGUGCAUGGAUAUGCAGAAGUACUUCCCUUCCUUCAGUUUCCUGGGACUUACUUUCUAGAAGUGUGCAUAGGACUGGUUAAGUAUCCAGUUGCUGCAUCCGUUUACAGAGGAAAUCUGGGGGUUCUUUCAUUAAUGUAACAGUUCCUCUUCACCAAAUAAUGCAAGCAAAUCAUAUAUUGUUGGGAAACAGCAUUGCUUGAAGGAAGAAUCACAACAAACCAGUGAUUGGUUUGUGCAUGCUCACAAACUCAUUUUGGAUUCUGCUGUGCGCAGGAAAAAAACAAUUGGCUUUUUGUAUGGAUGAACCAAUGCACAGUACUGCUGAGAGCUGGGAACAAAUCACUACUAGCCUCUAUUGACAACUAUGAUUCAGGAUGUGAAUGCGCAUCCAAGAGAACAGAGAGGCUACCAGAUCUUGGAUGAGGAGGAUCAGUCACCCUGGUGUGAGGAGGCAUGCUGCUAAAAAAGAUAAGAAAAUAUAUAUAUAUAUGUCUACUUCAGAUUGAUGCUCAGCAGACAAGCCUGAAGGGUCAAAUGACAUGAUAAGCCAUUAGUUGUACAUAUAAUCCUUGUGGGUAGUUCUGGUUUCCAUAAAGGUCAUUGAUGUUACCAUACAGUUACACUACAACCUUGAAAUUGAAGCCAAAUAUCUAGAUGGACAGGUUCAUUUGCAUAUCACAUCAAACUAGCCUUUAUUAGUCUGAUGCCCCCCAGAUGUUUUGGCCUAUAACUCCCCCCAAGUUUGCACUACAACUCCCAUGCAUGAGCUGUAAUGAAACAUCUGGGCAGUGUCAGGUUGGCAAAGACUACAUUAAACCAUAGUUAAAAUGAACUCAAGUUUAAUGUGAAUGAGCAGUGUUCAGUUCACGGUUUAUUGCAGAGAAAUAAACCACGAGUUUGUUUUGUCCCCAGAAGAGCAGGGAAGAGAAAUUUGGGAACUCACAUUAAACAUCAUUCAGAUGUUGACUGCGCAUGUUGUGUGUGUUCUGCUUUUUGUUCCCAGCAGCAUUAACUAUUUCUCUGAGCUUGAAAAAUUGCACCACCGGUUCAUUUCAUUCUGAUGAUUCUUGUUUAAAGUUUCAGUGUGCAUUAAGUGAUAACAUUCUAUCUGUAUCACAAAGCAGUGGAACAAAGAUAGAAAAUGGUACCUUUUGCUCCAUGCCAGAUUGCUAGUUUCUUGCAAGCAGCUGUCAGUCUUGACUUGGCACCAGCUCUGUUUGUAAUCCCUUGAAGUACUUUAUCCCUUAUUGCUACUAACUAUGUAUCAAUCAGCUCAACAUGUUGUGCAUUUAAAAUUCCACAUCAUUGUGUAUUUACUGUGGGAAAACAUAGGAACAUCUUAUUGAGAUACUUUUGCUGUGCUUUUUUGGGGGAGGGGGAUAGUCUGACUAUAAAGGUAUGAAGCUUUGCCCCGGCAAAAAUGCUAUUUGAAAGUGACCAGAAGGCUGGAAUUAGGCAUGUUGGACAGUUCCAACAAAAACAGACAUGGGAGCAGAAAUUGCCAGUGUUCACCUAUUCAUCCUAUGUCCAGAACAGAAAUCAGUCAGCGAAUAUGAUCAGUAUUCACAGUUGUUGCUUUCACUCUGCAAACAAUACGUAAUUGAUUACAUUUCCCCCCAUUUCCAUUGCAUUUCCUUUGUAUUGAAAUGAAUGGGGUGGAAUAACACAAUGCUAACACGUAAUUAAUUACAUAAUUGUGCCACAGUGGACAGUGAGACAAAUAAUAUAGUUUUUUGCAGGAAAUAAAUUGCAUUGGAACAGAAACAGUUCUGCAUGUUAUGCAUACAGAUCAGAAUAGAAAGUGAUGCCUUCCUACAUCCCUGGCUGGAAUGCCAUAUUUUUAAGGCCCAGUGAUGCGCUUGAGAUGGUAAACAUAGUAAAGAGAUGUGCUGUGGUCAGAAAUAUGCUCACUUCUCUCUGAUAGAACUGGACGCAUUGGUAGCAGUCCAUGGAGCAAGCCAGUUUGUGGAAUUCAGAAACUCAGAAAGGGAAUUCAACACAAGCAAGGUGGCAGGGCGCAUAAGUAACAGCAGCAAGAUGAAGUAGCAGCCUCAGUUUACUGAGACCUAAGAGCAAGGCUGAUCCCUGAGGUUCUACAUAAUGUAGGGGCUGGUCCCCAUUUCUCUUUCUGCUGCUGUGUGGCUAGAAUUUAAUCUCAAGCACUUGCUGCUAGGGUGGAAAAGUUCUAUACUACUGUCCUCCAGCAGCAAUAACUUAUUUAAUCACAAAGUGCAGUAGUGCUAUAUAUAUAUGUGAACUUAAUCGGCUAGUUACAGCUACUCACCCUCUGGCCACAUCAUACAUCCCGGGCAUAAUGCUAUCCUACAUAAAUUCAUAAUCUUUGAUGCGGCUUACUCAUCACCCACACCUGCCCACAAGUAUGGGAGCAUACUAGUCACUAGAAUUGUAAAAAGAUCAAAAGGUUUAAAUUGCCUCAAAAAUUGACAACUCUGCAAAUGCAUCAAAAUUGCCCAAAAAUUAUUUUGCAUGAGUAUUAGCUAGGUCUUCUGUCUCUGUGUAGUACAGAUGUCUUUUACUUACUUACUUACUUACACACACACACACACACACACACACACACACACUAUACCCCCAGUAAGAACUAAAGCAUGUUAAGGAGACAUAGCUGGCUUUUAAUGCGAUCAGCCGAAAUAGAAAUUCCUUAACCCAAUAGCAUUUUGCUGAACGAAAAAUGUGGGCUUUAGCUUUUAGUAUCUUUUUGUCACUGGCUUUCUGCUUUAACCUGCCCUGCAUUGCUCAGUGACACAUGCAGAUAAUGGUGCCCAUGAAACAAAGGUGGCAUUGAUAUUAUCAAUCAAUCAAUUUCUUUAUUCGACCGAUAGUCAGAAUUAAAACAUUACACAAUAAUUAUAAACUAUAACAUCAUAAGUUACAUAAGGUACAUAAGUAAGGUAGAGCCACAGUACUAGAUCUCUCACAGAUAACCCACGUCAAAGCAUUCAAUUAUACGUUUCCGACACUUGAGUGCCAGGAAAAGAAAUUUAGCCACUGACAAGGUUGUUUUCCCAGAAGACUUAUUUAGCAGAUAUGCUGUCUGCUUUCCUCUUUGUCGGGAACUGAGCUGGGGUAAGUAUGGAGUUAUAAGAUACUGUCUUAAAUCGUUGUAGAAGGGACAGCUCAAUAAAAUGUGCUCUGUGGAUUCUACCUCACCCAAUGCACAGUGGCAUAAUCUCUGGUCAUAUGGGACUCCUCCAUAUCUUCCCUUCAGGACCGCCGAGUCAAGAACAUUCAGCCUAGCCGCAGUAAAUAGUCUGCGGUAUUCCACAUAGUGGAUAUCCGCCAGGUAGCGAGCUGGGGCAGCCCGAUACAACUGCUCCCCAGAAACAACCCAGGUUUCACACGGGCUAUGUCCUCCUGUCUGGCAAUAUCCCUUAAUCUUUGCGCGAUCACCGCCUUUGCGUGGCUAUACGUCAUGGACUCUAUAUAAAGGGAGGACAACCCACACUUCUGCACUUCCUCCACUAUCUCCCCUUCCCAUGGAGAUUUAAAGUUAUCCCUCAGAAUCAAGGGGGCCAAACCCACCGGUCUGAAACAGAGCUUGAGCCAUAGCCAUAACUUCGCUUUCAGGGCCACAUACCUAAAGGCUUGGCAACCGGUUUCCAGCCUCAUGAUCGCACCUGCCACAGAGGGGGGGAUCCUGAGUAUGGCCCUGAGGAAUUGGGUUUGGAUAGAUUCCAAUUUUUCAAAAUCCCUACGUGAGCCCAAGGCAAUGCCCACCAGCAGAAGAGGGAGGACUUUCAUUUUAAAGAGACGUAAGGCAACAUUGACAGUUUGUGCCUGUUUCUUGGAGUACAGGGUUCUAAUCAUCAGGGCUGCUUUGGAUGCGUUCGAGGCUAUGUAUUCUCUGUGCGCCAGGAAGGACCUAUUUGAUCUUACAACCUGACCCAGGUACUUGAAGCAACUGACCUGCUCUAAAGGAAUACCGUUAAUUGACCAUAAAUUAGGUUUCGGUCGAGCAGCAAAGACCAUUAUUUUGGUCUUGGCAUAAUUUAAUUGGAGCUCGUGUUGGGUCUCAUAUUCAUGAAGAGCUCUAAGCAUCCUCCUUAAUCCGAUGGGGAGGUAGCUAAUAGGGCGGCAUCGUCCGCAUACAGUAGGACAUUCAAGGCUCGUCCUGCCAGUUUUGGUGGAUGGAAAUCAGCAUUUGCCAUAUGCACCACUAGCGAAUUUAUAUAGAAGUUAAACAGAGCAGGGGCAAGCAAACAGCCCUGUCUUACCCCCCUAGUGGUGGCAACCGGAUUGGAGACUAGCCCCUUACUAUCUAUCCUAAUCCUCAAGAGGGUAUUUGUAUGCAAAUUAAUAAUCAGCAAGAGAAGGCGGCGGUCGAUAGAUGUCGCUGCCAAUUUUGUCCAUAGCUGGUUCCUGGGAAUUAGAUCAAAGGCCUGCUUAAAGUCUAUAAAGGCGACGUGGAGGGCUUUUAGGCCAUUGCCAGCGUACUUAGUGGCCAAGUGAUUUAGGAUUAAGAUUUGGUCUGUUGUUGAUCUUCCGGGCGGAAACCCGCCUGUUCCUCUGCGAUGAUAUUGUUGCUUUCCAUCCAGGUCGUUAAUUUGUUAAGUAGAAAUCUUGAAUAGAUCUUCCCGAUAACAUUUAGCAGGCUAAUUGGUCUAAAAUUGGCCGGGUCUGUGCGCGGCCCUUUCUUGUGAAUUAACACAAUCAGUGCAGAGUUCCAGCUUGGAGGAAAUUGUGCUGUUUUGUUUAUAUAAGUAAAAAGAGCUGCUAGGGGUGGACACCACCAAUCCUUAUUGGCUUUAAUAACAUCUAUGGAAAUAAGAUCGUCUCCGGGUGCCUUGCCCGCCUCAAAUUGGCCUAUAAGUGUUUCCACUUCAGAGCAGGUAACAGGAUCCCACUCUGGCAAGGGGGCCAAAUCUAACCUUCAUUGAUAUUAAGGACCAUGGUGUAUUAAUUUAGCUCCUAAUUAGUGUAAUCAACUCAACUGAGCUUUGGUGCUGAUAUAAGCUGAUGUGACAGCACAAAGGCCACUUUCAAGGUGAGGCUGGAUAUUGCAUUGUCUUUGCUUCUGUCCUACACAGAGUCUCUUCAUUUCCUGGUCUUCCUGUUUAAUUAUGGAAUAAUUAUGGAAUGUUCUUAUAGAGAACACUAUUAAAAAUGGCCAACAUUCUUCAGCAAUCUUACAUACAGCAAUCAUGUACAUUUCUCCUCAGAAGUAUGUGUGAGUGGAUUCAAUGAGCUUACUCCCAUGUAAGUGGCUACAGGGUUGCAGUCUGUAUAUUUGGAGGAAAAAAAUCUUCACAUUUAUGUGUGAUACUGUGGCUCUGAGAGAGAGAACUGGGAUAUCUUUUUAGCAGCACAGUGGAAACCUUUAGGGCAGAAAAAAAUGGGUGUGGGCUGUUCAGCUCUGUGGUGCUUUCACAGCAGCAUUGCUGAAUAAUGCCAAAGGUUGCAGGGCCAGCCCUAACAUUAGGCAGAGUGAAGUGCAGUUGAUUGCCUCAGGCAGUUAAUUUCCAGUGUCAUGAAAAGGAAAUGAAUAUCUUGUAAUGUUUUUUUUACUGCCAUAGAGAGGGACUUAUGAUAUUUUAUGUCUCAAGUGCCAAAUGGCUUGACUGGCCUUGAUUUGUGAUGUGGCAGGGGUGGAGAGAGGACACCAUUUUUUGCUUAGCCUCAACCAGCAAAAUGUUUUGAGUCAGCCCUAGGAACCUGAAAUGUUGCAGCUGUACAAAUGAUAGUUCUCUUGACUGUGAUUCACAAAAAUGCUAAUACAGUAUGUAAUAAAGAGUAAGUGCUACGUGGUUUUUUUUUGAAGUAGCAUUCUUAAUUGCAGUAUCAGAUUGGUUAUUUUGUGGAAGGGAGAAGGCAUCUUCCUAUCGAUGUUGAGUCAAGGGAAGUUGUAAAGAGAAAAUAUAUAGCACAAGUGGUAAAGGUGCAUUUAAUAGACUUUUUUAUGCCAUCUCCUUUUUGAUAAGAAGACUUAACAACGUGACUUAGGAGUUUUGCUCUUCUGAAGGUCCUUUGGAAACACUAGGGCAGAUGGAAGAUGUAGUCAAAACAGCUUGAUGAAAUAGGCUAUUUGAUAAGAAAUAGCCUAGAAGACGGAGAGGAUACUGUCUCACAGCAAAUUAUGAAUUGUGAACAUGCCUUGCUUAUUUCUUAUAGACUGUAAAAUUUGCCUUGCCAGCCAUGUCAGGUAGCCUCUGGUUUACAGUCUGUUCAAGUGUGUUAUUAGUACAUGUUAGAUUUGCUCUGGUUUUAGUACCCAUAAAAUAAAUAUUUUUUAACAUCCACCCUUUCCCUUAUAUUAAAUUUGAAUACAUUUUGCCCUUUGGUUACAGGAAGGUCAGGAGUAGAUGAAACAGUUGUAAUAACACUGGAUAGCACAUUAGUCCUUGCAGUUCCCUCUAAGGGAAAAUAAAAUCCAGCAACCGAAGAGCUGUGGAAAACAUGUACAUCUAUAUAUGAGGCACAGUGUAUAUAGGGACCUUUAGGGAAAAGUGUUGUACUUGGGAAAUUGUUUAGUAAGAAAUAAUCAGGUAUAAAAGGACAUAGCGCUUCUGGAGAUGGCAUUUGUUAUCAGGAACAUGUUCUCCUCCAGUCCUCCAAAUAGUGAUAAAACAUUUUGCCCUGUUGCUCGCGGCUCCAGAACGUGUUUCUCAACUUGUUUCCCCUUAUUUCUCUUUUCCUCUCUUCUGCCUCCUCCUGCCUUCCUACACAACUUUAUAAUUUCAUCGUCUGUGUACAAAACCUCUCUCGUGUUCCGGUGAAAUUCACCUCCAUUAUGUUGCAGGAAAGCACAGGAUAGCUUUUUUAAGCCUGUGGCCAGCAUUUGCCUUCCUUCUUUUUUAUUAUUAUUUUAUGCCGGGACUCUUAAUGUACCAAGCCAAAAAUGUAAUCCUCCAGGGAUGUGAUAAACCUCCAGUUUUUGCUCCCUGCCAGGGGCUGGGAUGGGUUAUGUUUGGCUUAGUGGAUAAUAAGUUGCACAGGUCUGUUAUAAAUACAGACCUUAUGAACUUUCCUUAUUUCUUCCAAAGCUCCUAGAGUGCACAAGAAUUCCUUGAUUGUGACCCAACAGACCAGUGAUGACCUCUAAGCUGUAUUCUGGAUUAUUGUCACAAAUUGCUGCUGGCCCUUGGCAGUUGCAACUGUAUAGUUAAAAGGGAUGAAGACUUUGAAGGUGUCUCGAAACUACAACUAACCCAGAAUGCAGCAGCUAGACUGGUGACUGGGGAGCAGCUGCCGGGACCAUAUAACACUGGUCCUAAAGGAUCUACUGGCUCCCAGUACAUUUCCUAGCACAAUUCAAAGUGUUUGUGUUGACUUUUAAAGCUCUAAAUGUCCUCACCCCUGUAUACCUGAAGGAGCGUCUCCACCUUCAUUGUCCAGCCUGGACAAUGAGGUCCAGCUCCGAGGGUCUUCUGGUGGUUCCCUCACUGUGAGAUGUGAAGCUACAGGGAACAAGGCAGAGGGGCUUCUUGGUAGUGGCACCCUCCCUGUGGAAUGCCCUCCCAUCAGAUCUCAAGCAGAUGAACAACUAUUUGACUUUUAGAAGACAUCUGAAGGCAGCCCAGUACUGGGAAGUUUUUAAUGGUUGAUAUAUUAUUGCAUUUUUAAUAUUUUGCUGGGGGCCGCCCUGAGUAGCAGGGACAACCCAGUCAGAUGGAGACAUGUUGUUGUUACCAAAAAUGCAAGAAAUUUCAUUUGAAAUUGUAUGAGUUUUGAUUCAUUUAUUAGUUGACGUGUUUCAAUAAAAUUGGUAUUUCUGAAGGAAAAAAACAUGCUUUCUUUGCUUUUAGACAAUGCUUGCAUAUUUCAUAACAUACAUCUUUCUUUAGAAAAACAUUUCCCUCCUCUUACAGACAGGAUGUUGCUUGCCAAUUUUUGCAUGUACAUGUAUUUAAAAAAUGAAUAAAACAGCUUGCCAAUUAAUCAGGGCAUUCUUAUCAGUUUUUCUUAACUAAUUAAGCAAACCAAUUAAUUGCUGCUGCCCUAAUGAAAGCAUCUUGUUGGAUGUGGUGAUACGUGGAAGGGACACAUGCAUUAACCUUCUGAUAUUUUCAGCUCCUCUUGGUAGCAGCUACGGAGAUCAUAUUUUAGUUUUUGCCUGUAUUUCACAGGAUAGCAUUAUUGUAUUUAUUUUCAAAUAUGACUUCAUUUUCUGUGUCUCUUAAGGUUUUGUGUGUGUGUGUUAUGCAUGACUGCAUUAUGUCUUAUUUAUGUUACGGUAAGUGAAAAACAGUGUUUUCAAGAAUAAUUCAUACUUUAACUUUCUCUUGCCAUGAUAAUCUUGGAAAGUCUAACAGAUGGGAAGGGAAGAUUAAUGCCACUUGAAAGCCGCAGAUUUAAAGGAGGCUACAUUAAACACAGUCUCGGAAGCUCUUAACAGACACUUUUAAAAAUUGUUCCAUGUGCUGAGGUGAAGUCCAUGGAAAUUGUUUGUCUGGGUUGGGGGGAAGGUGGUAAUCUUAGAGAAUAUUUAAGGUAAUGUGUCUGACAAGAGUAAUAUGAAAUUGUGUGUUCCUCUUAUAUCCUGAUACAAAGGUAGUUUUAUUUUUGUGUGAAAUCAGAAUAAUUCUUUUGAAGCAAACUUUACAAAGUAGUAUAAUUUUUCUUCCUAUCCCCUCCCUCACCCCGCCAGCUAAAUAUUUCCACAAUGGAUGUAAUAUUUGCAUCUUGGUCUCUAGAGCCAUAUUUCCCUUGUCUUUAGAAGUAAAAGUAUAGAGCAUUAUAUUAUACUGUGUAUAUUAAAGUUGUUCUCCAUACGUGGGAAGUUUUAUGAACCUUAAGGAUAAAGUUAAGCUUCUCUUUCAAGCAUGUUACUAUGACAAGAGUGUUAAUCUUCUACUGUCGCAGCCAGGGCUUGCUGUGGUCUUAGUCUAAGCAGAUGUAAGUGCAAAUAAAUUAAAAGGAAUCAGCCUCUCAGAUAUUUAUGUUUUACCUUAUUCUAAAGAGCAAAGGAUAAAAAGGGGGAUGCUGUACCAGAUAUCUUCUAUAAGAAGGCUGAAGCUUAUACUUAGCUGCAUCAUAAGUCCUUUUAUGUCUCUACCUUUGGAAGAUGAAACUAAAUUUUCAACAACAACAAAAUCCAUGAAAAUGAGAUGUACACUUGGGGACAGGAAAAUCAUAACACAUUCUGCUUUUCCCUAAUUAAAAUUCCAUGGAGUUGUCUCCAGUAUGUUCGUGUUUUAUUACAUCAGUAAUUACUCUUACUUUUUCCUUCCAAAUUGCACAUUAAGCCACUAAGGAAGAACACAUUGCAGUUACAGUGAAUAUUUGAACAACGUGUUAUAAUAUUCACACAACCCUUCCCAAGUUAUAGGAGUGGUCUGCAUGAAAAUGUUAGAUAUAGAGUUAAAGAUUAAGCUUUCAAUUUAUGGACAUAAUAGGGCAUGAUAUAGCGAAUGUUUGCCUUCCUUAGGCAUAUGCGUAUUGCAUAUUUAAGGCUCAAGUGAGUAAACAUAGCAUUCUUACCUGUAAUGACCCAUUCCAUAACUUCAGUGUCUUAAAAUUUAAUUUUCUUUAAAGAUGACACCUACAAAUGCACCAGCAUUUCCCCCCCCCUACACUACAAUGGAAUAUCUGAGGAACUGGAGCAGUUCUGACUAACCAGGCCUCUCUCUUCCCACAUGAACGUGGACAGCUCCUCUCUCUUCCCACAUGAACACAUAGAGAUGGAUCACCUACAUAGGUAUAAAUUGCAAGGGAUUUUAAGGAAGUCACCCAGGUGGUCCCAUGCAAUUUGCAUGUACAUGCAAGGUAAUUGAUGAUCCUUUUCUACGUGUGCAAGCAGGGACAAUGGAGUUCGAGAUGGCCUUCUGGGUGGGCAAAGAGGAACCCUACCCUCAACCUACCUGAAAACUCUAGAUUACCUUGAAAAUUGUUGUGUAUGGUUGGCUGCUUUUAUUUUGUUCUAAACUAUUGUUUCUCUUGUUGUAACCUUUCCUGGGGCUUGAUGCUGAAAGAUUGGUAAGGAGAAUGAUGAUGGUGGUGGUGGAAACCUGCAUACACGAGAAUUUAAUUACUCUGUUGUAGGAUGUACCUAAGAUUUGCAGCCUUCCAAUUCUGCUUGGCUGCAAACUCAAAUGGCACAUGAUGGGUGUAAUACCUUUUAAGAUCUCCCUCCCCUUCUGUUAGCUUAUCCUAUGGGUUUUCCCAGUGCCCUCUAAUGGAGCUUGCACAGGCAGCGAGGGCCAGCCUAUGCUGUUCCUUCAAACUGUCUUAUUAUUUGUGGCCCACAACCUGGCGUGCUCAGCAACUGGCGCUCUCCACUUCCAAUUACGCAAAUGUUCUGAAGGCAUGCAACCCGCUGCUUGUCGCUCAGUCAUUCUCUUUUUACUAAUUCUUCCAAGGUUUGACCACAAGGCAGGUGCACAAGUGUUAAGGUGACCCUGCAAUGCUGGCUGUCUUCAAUUUCCCAUAGUGCCUCCAUUAGCUUUCCUUCCCAUGCUAUCUGCACUGAUAGUUCAUGCACGGUUACUUGCUUACAGUCCUGGCCUUUUUGUCACAACAGUAGCACACAGCUGUGGCACUAAAUGAGUGGUGUCGGGGUGAUAGCCUGCUACCGAGGGAGCAUGGAAUCCCACCAUUUUCAUACUUUACACCAUUGCUGAGUUGCAACCCUGGAGGUUUACUAAAAGGUCAGUGCUUUCCUUCAUAAGCCACUGACCUUUCUUCUUGAUUAUCUUUGUGAAUUGCUGCUGUCUUUGGGUUAAUAGAACUUUGUAAUCAAGGGGCUGAGACUGGGGGCCAUGAGUAGAGGUGACAGAUUGCUGAUGUGUGGUAAACACAGGGAAACAGACAGUGGCAUUGACAUUAUGAAAAUGUAAACAAUAACAACCCCUCCCUAGGAAUACAGAGGAGUGCACCAUAGAUGUAUUCAGCUUUUUUGAGAUUUUGCCAGAGAUAAAUGUAAUAUCUGCUGGUAAAUAUCAUUGCACAGGGCUUGCCUUAAUCUGUCACUGAGCUCAGGGGCAACGUAUUUUGUAUAUUCAGUAAGGCAGAUUUCUUCCUUGAGCUUCAUAUUUCUAUUUCUUUAUGGGCCACUGAGAAUAGGCAGAGGUAUUUUCUUUCCAAUAUUGUCCUAGUGCACUAAGUAAGAACAAAGCUAAAUUAGAUCACUUUUGUGGAACUCUUCUUUGCACGACAAUUGUCUAUAAUGCAGUUUUUAACCCAGUUAGUACUUGCUUGAAGGAGGUGGCCACAUUAAAGCCAAGUGAGAAUGGGAUAUGUACUACGUGUGGUGACUUUCUUAUGGAAUUGUGGUAUUCUGGUAUAUGGGGAUGGCAUGCGCUGCCCCACUUGGCUUGUGCACAGAGUUGCAGUAGUUCAUUGGCACAGUAUCACAGAUGAGUCAGAAGACGUGAGUAGAAAGAAAAGAGCCCUGGUAAAAAUUGGGUGAGGAUGUCAGAAGCUCUUCCGUUUUUAAACAAACACAGCUUGUUCUUCCAUUGUUAACCAACCAAGUGUGCUUAAUCUGAACUAUGGUUUGUUGUGACACUUGUUUCAACAAGCUAUAGUCAAAAUGAACCAUGGUUUAGGGUUCAGGUGUAAUGUUGAAGUGUCAUUAAUAAUAAUUAAAAAAAUUAGUGUUUCCAAUUUCCUGCUCACAGUCUUUCUGGAGGAGGAGAAGGGGGAGUGUGUGAACCUGAGACUUGCUAUGGCUAAUUCCCAUGAUUAUAAACCAUGCUUUAUCAUCAUGCCAUAACUGGCCCAACUAAUAAUAGAGGCGUGGAUAACUAAAAGCCAAGUAUUAAUGAGCCUCCCAUCACUUAUCAGUCAUCAUGUAAACAUAACCCUGAGAGUGUAAACAAGUUAUCCUGGGAAACUCAGAAAAUCUUAUCUGUAACCGCACCUUCUUGCUGGGAAAAGCUGCCACAACUGAUUUUCUGCCUGCCAUGUAACCACUGAACAAGAGUCCUGCCAGACAAUCCUAUCCAUAAAACCUGUUGAUUUCAUGAAUCAACAGAAUGAAUACAAACAGAAUGUAGUGGAUUCUGAUUCAUUUAUGUGCAGGCAUAAAGUGGCAAUUUAAUGUAUGCAUCAGGUGUUGCUAAUAUUGUUCGUUCUUCCUUUCAGGCCCCAUUUUUCAACACUUUAACUUUCAUUCUUUAAGUCCUCAGGAUAGAUUGAACUUAAUAGCCAAAUAAAUAAAUUAAAUUCCUAAAGGGUCUGUUGAGAAACAGCAACAAAAUGGAAUACUAUCAGCACCUUCACCUUAUGGGAAAUUUAACAGCUCCCAUGCUGAAUACUUAUUUCCCUGUCUUAAGCAAUUUGCUCAAGCAUUUUUCUAAGCUCUCACUGGGGACAUGUGCUUGUUGGACCAGCACUGAUCACAGGACACAACUCCCGAACAACACUUGGUGAUAAGUAGUUGUUGAGAACACAGCAGUAAUAAAGCCUUUGUGUUGUUGUAAUUGACAAAAACCAUUUUGUCUCAUUUACAACCCAAAUGAAAUGAAAUUUGAGGGUUUUUUCUUACUGAAUAUUAGACAAACAGGAAAUACUUGUUUUGUAAAUAUUGCUAUUUUGUAUUAGCCAAUAUGCUUCUUAUGGUGCCACCCUAAACAUGUCUACUUAGAAGUAAGUCCUACUGAUGUCAGUAAGUACUUUUUAAUGUGUGAGCCACGAUGCAGAAUGCAUAUUUUCAACCAUGUAAAGAGUCCUACAGUGGAUUGAUAAACACACAAAAGUAGGGAAGGUUGUGAAACACUUGGCAGACUGUAGCACCUAGCUGGUGGACCACAUUUGGUUCUGUAUGUAGGUGUUUUCCACCAUACUACAUGGGAGGCAAGCAGCAACAUGGCAGACCUGGGAUCUGGCCACCCAGUUCCAUUUAAGUUAGAGUUGUUUCAUUAGCUUUAUUCCUGUGCAUCCAAAGAUCUCAAAUAGUUCUAGUGACUCUGUAUUACUGCUGAUUCUCCACCACUGUUAUAGAACAGGGACGUCCAACUCCCAAGAGACUAUGAUCUACUCACAGAAUAAAAAACUGGCAGUGAUCUACCCCUUGGGGGUUUCAGGUGUAAGUUGUUGAGCUUUUUUUGGGGAGGAAAGACAAAGUUGUUGACCAGUUGAACACCCCUGUUAAAGACUGAUGUAUUGGGAAUUCUUUUAUUACUUCUCAUUACAGUGGUACCUCAGGUUAAGUACUUAAUUCAUUCUGGAGGUCCAUUUUUAACCUAAAACUGUUCUUAACCUGAAGCACCACUUUAGCUAAUGGGGCCUCCUGCUGCCGCCGCACAGCCAGAGCACGAUUUCUGUUCUCAUCCUGAAGCAAAGUUCUUAACCUGAGGUACUAUUUCUGGGUUAGUGGAGUCUGUAACCUAAAGCGAAUGUAACCUGAAGCGUAUGUAACCCAAGGUACCACUGCAUAGCCAGUUGGCCAUUGAUUUUAUUAGGAGCUUAGCUAAUCCAAAUGUACUGGAUAGUAGCUAUCACUAUACAACACUGAACAUUUGCCUGAAUUUCCCAUCUUAGUGUUAGCUGGCAGGGUUUUUGUAACCAGCUGCUGUAUUUUCAACCUAGAAGUAGGUUAGAUGAAGCAACCUUGUUAAAGAUUGCAUUACUUGAUACAGCUUUGCUCUUGUAAUGAUACAUUGAUCAGGCAUACUCAGGAAGCCAAAAUGCAAUCCUAUACAUACAGAAUGGGUAACUACCAGCCCUUGCCCAAAUAUGGCCUUACCCAUGCCUUUCUACCUGGUCCACCAGCUUCCCCUCAGAUCCACACCCUUCCUCACUUUCAAAACUUUGUAAUGUAAAUAUUAUUUGUUUUGUAUGGAAGCCAGACAAUGCAGUGUUACAGUUGUUGCUAAAUAAGUAAAGGAAACUAAAAUUACUUCAGCAUAGCUGAAAAAGAGUCAUUCUGCCUUAGAAGCGUAGAGAAAAGAGCAUAAAAUAAUGUGACUUGUAUCACAUCCUGUAGGCCAGUGUUUCCCAAACUUGGGUCUCCAGCUGUUUUGGACUACAAUUCCCAUCAUCCCUGACUACUGGUUCUACUAGCUAGGGAUGAUGGUAGUUGCAGUCCAAAAAUAGCUGGAGACCUAAAUUUGGAAAACCCUGCUGUAGGCACUUGUCUGUGACAGCUCAAGCCAUAGUGUUCAACUAUGUUUUACUCAGAGUCAUGUUCAUUAAUUUCAGUGGAACUACCGUACUCUGAUUAAAAUUUAGUGGAACAUCACCUGCAGCAAGCUAUCUGCAUUAUCUUAGCUGUAUUUGUUACCAUUGCUUUCUUUUUGUUUAGGGGGCUGGGAGCAUUUUUGUGUGUGUGGAACAGUCAAAACAGUUUUGGGAACAGAGAAUCAGUGAUUAGCCGAAACCUCAUUAUUCCUCUAUGCUGUCUUGAAAGGGCAGGUGACACGUGCAACAGGAAAUCCUUCUCUUUCAAGCAGCCAAGAGAAGCUGAGGAAACAGGCUUUGUCUCCCUAAGAAAAAAAGAAUAUAAUUUAAUCACAUGAUAAGCUAAUUAACUGAAACGCUAAAGUCCUAUUGUAGGUAAAGCCAUUGUAUUUUUAACAUGAAGUAAAUCCUACGGUUUGCUUUGGCCAAGAAAUAUACGGUCAAGCUGCAGUUGCCUAAGCUGUGGAACAACUUAAAAAAAAAAAAUAGCCCAAAACCCAGCACUUAAAAAUACAUUAUUGUAUGUAUACAGAUGCUGGAAAGAGGUGUAAAAAAGGUAACAACAAAAACAGAUACUGUAAUUUACUCACACAUCUUAUUUUUAUGGCACUUUUAGCAUGUGCAUAUAUUUUCAUCCUAUGCUGAUGUGGAGCUUGGAAUAGAACACUUCUGUAUUAUCUUUGAUUAACCGGGUCUUUCUUCUUCAUCAGCCUUGUAGAAAACAAAGUUAGACCAUCCUUUUCCUCCAGCCUCCAGCUGUUUGCGUGGUGUGGCAGCCACAUUGUUUUGAUGGUUUCCCCACUGCAACCACAUCAGAGAUAUUGUGGCAUGUGUGGAAACUGCCUGGUCAACACCAAAUUUAUGCACCCAUGUAUCUUAGGAUCUCAGUGGCACCUUCCUCGAUGUUCAAUCCUCUUAAUGGGGCAGUGCUUGUAUAGAGGUUCUCAAACUAAGGGUUUGCGUAUUCAUGCGUUUCAAUGCGUUGCGUAUUCCUGCAUCCCAGUGACCUUUGGGAACUCAGAGCAUCUGCUGUGCAUACAGAAGCUCCCAGCUUCAGUCCCUGGAAUCUCCAGGUUGGAAAAGCUUCCAGAAUGAGUUCCAUGAGAGCUGCUGCCAGUCUGAGCUAGAUACACAAUGGUCUGACUCAGUAUAAGGCAGCUUCCUACAUUCAUAGCAGGUUUUAUUUUGGUUUGUCUUAAAUGAAGAUACAUGCACUGCGUUCACACCAUACCUUUUACUGUUAUGCCAUUUAUUUCCUUUACUGGCAAUAUGCUGAAAAUUGUGCAUGGAAGGGAAGAGUUCUAAAAGGUCAUCAUCUUCAUCUUAAUUUCAAUAAUGUUAUUUUCACUCCUGGUUAAUCAUGAUAGCAGGUGAUGAUAGGGCAUGAUUUACAAUGCAUAUUUGGAAAUCAAUGCAACAUUUUCCCCCCCAAAAAGCCAACCCUGCUUGAAUGCAAAGCUUUCUUUUAAAAACAAAAACAAAAGAUGAAAACAGGAGCCAUUUUCCAUUAGUAUUCAUGUCAUGCUAUAUGUAUUGCAUUGGCUGUUUAAUAUAAUUUAUCCGACAUGGUACAUUGAACCCUGUUGAAAUCAAUGAGAAAUGAGGAUAGGACCACUCAUUGUACACAUUUGUUGACAUUUUGUGCUGCUUUAGAGUUAUGAGUUGAUGAGUAUUAUCACUUGAUAUGCAUUCAUAAUAAACAAAAGAUGAUUUCUGGCACAGAUAGGUGUUUGUCUCCAUGUAGUUUGGAACAAAGUUGCAAAGAUAUUGACAAUGGGUAGGGGCUCUGGAGUUGUAAAACCUAUUUAUGGGGAGCUCAAGAAAUUGGAAUUUAAAAAAGGAACACAAUGUGCAUGCCAAAUAUUGGUAUAUAAACACUUUGCUGUAAAUGCCUUAUUGCUUCUGGUGAAUAAAAAUUCCUCCUUGCAAUCCAGUAUAGCCCUUCCACUGCCCUGUGUAGCUGCAACUGAUGUGUAGCUCCAUUUUGUUGCCCAGAAUGGGAUAUAUAGCAGCCAGCUGCCACUACUCUGUUCUGUUUCUUUGUCUCCUGAUUGAAAGAAGCUGAGAAUGCUUAAGCUUGAGUAGCCAUCAAUGCCUACUAGUCACAGUGGCUAGGUGCUACCUCUGCUAAAGGAGGCAGCAUGUCUCUGAAUGCCAGUUGCUGGGAAUCACAAGUGAUGAGAGUGCUGUUGCAUUUGGGUCCUGCCUGAAGGCAUCCUUUAGGCAUUUGGCUGGCCACUGAGAGAGCAAGAUGCUGGAUGAGAUGGGCCCAUUGGCUAAACCCAGCAGGCUCUUCUUACCUGUGUUGUGUUUUCUUGUGACUGCUCUCAGCUGUUCAGGUGAGUUUUGAAACCUGGUGCAGGAUUCUCUUUUGGACCUUUGUAAGCUAGAAUACUAUACAUAGAAUAUUUUGUAAUCGGAAUUGCUUGCCUACAGUCUAGGAAAUAGUCUCAAUUCCUGGGAAUGUUGAUGAGUAGUUUGUGCCUGCACUGUUUGACACAGUUUGCUUGUAUGGGAAUCUUGGCCGCCACAAUUCUCUUGAUAAAAUUUGGUUUUGUGAAUAGGUCUUUAGACUGAAGAAACCAAGAGGAGGACAGAAGCAUCUCCAGGGGAAGGGAAUUCAUACCCCAGCACUGGUACCAUGUGCUAUGUAUAUUGGGUUCCAAUAUCUGACCGGUUGUGCAAUACUAUUUAUAGAUUUGAGUUUUAAUGGGCAGCUUAAUGAGACCUUCAUGAGCUUUUUAAAAGACUUUAAACGUUUUGGUGGAAAUAACAUUUGCAACCAUUUAAGGGUUCUCAAAACAGCCCAGUUUCACCUCUUACCUUGCAACUGCAGUUUAUGGCAAAUUUUGUUGCUCUUUACUCUUACUUAUAUAACCACAUUUUAUUCUGUUGGUCCCUGUUCUCUACAUGGAUUUAAUAUUGUCAGAACCUCUCAGACUGAAAUGGCUAGAACUACCAUAGGGGAGGGCUGCGAGACCCCCACAGACUGGAGUAUGUGUUCAAACCAAGAGCAGGAAAUUCUCUUCUGUAUAACCAUAGCUAUAAAUGACACUCUCUCUCCCCUUGGUCCCCACCAAAUCAAAGAACUCAGUUGUAUACUCCUUUCCCCCAUCAGUGGGCUCCAUAUGCCACACAAGCCACCACAAUCUGUUCUGGGCCCCAAGAACAAAGACCAGCAAUGAACCUGAGCAGAAGCAACCAUUGAAAGGUGGAAUAAUGGUAGCAUCCAUUGCCAGAGCGCUGCUUAUGAGGAUGAGAUCCUGACUUGGGUGCUUCCAGGAUGACUCCACUGCUGCAAUAAGAAGAGUGAAGCUUCAUGCUACAAGAACUCUCAGUUUGCCUGGUUGGUGCCGUUGUGACCACUUAUAAUGCCCAGUACCCUUUUGUGGCAACCCCUCUGGAUAGUUCACCUGCUUAUUUCAGCAUUCAUUUUUUAGAAACUGCCUUUCCUCCCCCAUUGCUCCCUUCCUUCUCUGUCGCAUUUACCAGCUUGACAUUUUCAUGAUUUGUUAGAUCACCUGCUUUUGUUUGCACGAAAAGGGAUUAGCAUUUCCCAUCAAGUUUGUGCCAUCUCUUCUGCUGUUCUUAAAAAAAAAUGCUUUUGGGGGGGGAGGGGGAGUGAAUGUGUCUUUCUGUCCUACCCUUUUUAUAUUUUAGUCAAUCUGGGAGUUCAGAAUUAUGACAGGGUCUUUACAGUAAGCUGGAAUGCCAAGCAGCAGGACUAUCUGCCUCCACCUCUGGAAAGCGCAAAGAUUUUCUCUAGUUAAUUGGCCUGUAUUACAAAGGUACUUGCAAACUCUUGAGCAAACAAAAACACAAAACUCAACCAUUUCAGGUGAAGGCCAACAACAAGCCAGGCACACCAGGAGGUAAAUGAGUUGUUAAACUUUAUGAAGGCACACAGCAGGAAUUGGGAAAGAGUGUAUAGUAACUUAAAGGUUAUAUUCUCUGGGAUCAUCUUGCAGUAGUGUCUGGAGUUAGUACUGAUCCCUCCUCAGGCACUUUCCUUUUGAUAGUCAACCUUUUCUUGCCUGCCAUGUUUGCUCUGCUGAUGUGCUGGGUGCUUCUUUCAUCCCCUUUUGUGUCUUAACCUGUUUUUGAUGUAAGGCGGGGGAGGGGGAAGGGAAGCUGGAGAAUUUCAUUCUGCUUCUUCACACACUUUAGAGAAAUGCUUGAAUUCGUAGGCAGCUCUUCCUUUCAAAACAACCUAGAAUUGUUAUCCCUUUCUGAAGUUUCCUCUGUGAUUAGCCAAUACAUGCGCAGACACAUUGCAAAGCAAUUGUUCUUCAUUGGAUUUUGAAUCUGAUUGUUGUGCAUUCAGACAUACGUUCUGUCCUAAAUCUGAAUAAGCAUGAAGGGAGAGGCAAUAUAAUUACAGAUCUAUGUUGUUAAAAACUUCAUUGUGCAAGAUGCAAACUGUGAGAUAUAUUUUGUUGACAGGGUUGUUGUUUUUUAAGGAUCUCAUUAGAUUUUAAUGAGUGGUUAGAGUCCUUUGCUGAACUUCUCCAUGGUGGCUUUUUCAUGAUAACCAGGUGGCUCACUGAAAGAAUCUUAUCUUAAAACACAGAGCACAAUCUAGUUGCUUUCUUCUCCCUUGCUACAUAACAUACCACUCUGCUCCUCUUUUUGUGUACAAAGAGUUGCCCUUGCAAUGCUUCAUAGGGUGCAGACUUUAUUGUGCUCCUAGUUUUUAUUAUUUUAAAAUUUCAGUUUAUUUGGGCAUCAUCAGAAUUUUGGGAACAUUUAUUAAAAGGUAAAGGUACCCCUGCCCGUACGGGCCAGUCUUGACAGACUCUAGGGUUGUGCUCUCAUCUCACUCUAGAGGCCGGGAGCCAGCGCUGUCCGCAGACACUUCUGGGUCACGUGGCCAGCGUGACGAAGCUGCUCCAGCGAACUGGCACCAGAGCACACGGAACGCCGUUUACCUUCCCACUAUAAAGCGGUCCCUAUUUAUCUACUUGCACCCGGGGGUGCUUUUGAACUGCUAGGUUGGCAGGCACUGGGACCGCUGGGAGCGCACCCUGCCACGGGGAUUCGAACCGCCGACCAUGCGAUCGGCAAGUCCUAGGCGCUGAGGUUUUACCCACAGCGCCACCCGCGUCCCGGGAACAUUUAUUAUGAUAACAUAAAGAAGGAAGGCAUGGUAAUCUCACACUUAGAGCAUUAAGAUGAACACUUCAAAUGAAAUACUUUAGAAUACUUCAGAAAAUUCCUUGUUCCAUGUUGCAGAAAUGUUCUAUCCUGAAAGCAUCCUUAAAUACUCUUUCCUAGGUCACUGGCAGCCUAAGGGAAAGAAGUCGACAGUAACUAUUAUAGAACUUAGAGGUGGAUGUAGAUAAUUAUUCAAAAAAUCAGUUGCACAGCUUUUGUCAUUAAUACGGAGAAAUACAUUUUGCAGAGUGUUGGAUGAAGUUUUGAUUGCUGACACUCUUGGUUUGUUUGCAUGCAUGUUUGUAAGCUAAUAUAAUGUUUUGGCAAGGGUAAUGAAUAUUUCUGUAUGCAUGUAAUUAAUUCCAUUAAGAAUAACACAUUUUGCAAAUGAUACAGAAGAUACAGAAAAGCUGAGAACACAGUGAAUAUUAUGGUUCCCAUUAACAGGAUAAAUAGGCAGCCAGUAUUUUCUUAGUUUUUCAUAAAAGCUAGUAAAUAACCUAUUUGAUAAUGGGCCAUUCCUCUUUUUGAUUAGUAUAAUCCACCAAGCAGUGAUUCAACAUGGACCCCAUUCAUUUAAUUGGGGCUCACAAUGUCGGUGAAUUGUGAUCUUCAAUUUAUAAUUGUUAUUUAGCAUUGGGGAAAAAGGUUUUGAAUAUGUAAAGUGCAUUGCUUCCUCUGUUUAGAAAUUAAAGGCAGCAUAAACAGGAAAGAUGCUUAUUUCAUUUUGAGACAAAAUUAUUUCUCUGAUAAAUAUUCAGCAUUAUUUAAUGCUUUCUUGACUAACCAUGCAAUCCUAGCCAUGUCUCCUCUGAAGUAAGUCCUGUUGAAUUCCAUGGAGUGUGCUUCCAGAUAAGUGAAGUUAGGAUUACUGCCUUAAUCUGAUUCCAUUUAUAUGACAGAAAUACAAAUAUUAAUCUUUUGUCUUGUAGGCUACAUCAGUAUGUCUCAAUGUGAGGGGUAUCCUAGUCCACUUCAUUACCCACCCACCAAACUAACUAUUGGGAAAUUUUAAAAUGGCUGUACUUAGAUUUCCUUAUUUAUAGAAGUGGAUCAAAUUUGCAGGCAAAUUAGCUUCUCUAUAGUAGACAAAUCUUGUGGAAUUACAGUCAAAUGGAUCCAGGGAUUCUAUCACUUUUAAAGUUUUGGUAAAAUUUGCAGGUAAGGUCGCCCCUUCUGAGAGUGUUUAUUUUGCCUCCUUACCACCUAGCCCGUCUAUUCCUCCCAGUGAGCACUACUGGUGCUGCUGAUGGGAGGUCAGUUUCACAGUGGCACCCCUCCCUGCUGAUUGCUCCUAGCAACUAAUACACUGUGGAGGUAGAAUAUAGUCUUAUCCUCCAUGAAUUUGUCAAAUCCUCUUUUAGGUUACUUAAGUAGACGAUCAUUUCCUGAUGUAUGGCAAACCUGUGGUACUAUUAUCAUUACAAUUCUAUGCAAGUCUAUUUGAAAGUAAGUCCCUCUGAGUUCUAUGUAACUUACUCCCAAGUGUUCAUAAGACUGAAGCCUAAAAGUUUAUUAUUCCUAUAUUUGUCUUCCAAACAAUAAUGCCACAUUAAAUAAUUUACCCCAUUGAAUUUUGGAGUAAAUUGCUUGGGAUUUUUAAAACAAUGAGAAAUGUAAAAACAAAUUCCAAGGCCCUACUUAUUUUCUGCAGUACAACAUCCUUCAGUAGAAAUGGUGCUGUAUACUGGGUUUUUCUUUCCUUUUCUUGACAACAAUGCAGUAGCUAUGCAUCCCUUUGAGUAUUCCUCCACCAUGCAUAAGGAGGACAGAAUGUUGCAAGAUGUUGCAAACACUGACCCAUAAUUGUAUUCAUUUCCCAGCAGGAUGUGCCUUCUCACCAUCAGCCGUUAUUGGCUUCAGUGAAUGAACUGACUAGACAUUUUUGGACUUGGUUCAAGCAGCACCAUCAGUUGCAUUGAAUAGUUGCCAGCGUGAAGAAUGGGCUAUGAUUAACAAGUAAAGUCCUCUAGUCCCCAAAGACGCGGAAGCAUGUGGCUAACCUGGAACAUAGAAAAUACUCCCUUUGCUUAAAAUUACACAUGUGCUUGAUUACCUUCCUGGCUUUGGGGCUAUAAUGAUGAGUGAUGAGCUGUUUGUUUUGUUAGGAUAAUGUAACCAUUGUUCAUCAUCCCAUGGUGAGUGUAGAUUGCCUUGAUCCACUGCAGAGCAGUUCAAAGGAAGUCCAGGUUUUCCAUUGGAACAAGAUACUAUUGAGACCAUAAACAUUCAGGGCCUUUUAUUAGUUCUCUUUACACAUGGUAAAAUACAAAAAAGGUGGGUAAUCAAUGCCUGAAGCAAGUGAGGGGAGGAAAAAUCCCCAAAAUAAAAAAAAAGCUCUCUCCCUCUUCCUGGCCUUUCUUGUUUUGUACAAUAUGAACAUCAUUUCAAAGUAUGCAAAUACGCUUAGUAUCUUCUGCAUAGUAAUAAUUAAUUUGUUUUGAUGUGCUGUUGUAAGCUUAGAGAAGAAGGGAAUCCAUCUAUCAAAUCCAUAGUUGUUCUUUAAACAAACAAAAUUGAAGAGUAUCCGUAUGCUGAUUGAAUGAGGGUGGAGAGUACAGAAAUUUAUUUGAAAGCUGGUUAAAAUCUAGUUACUGCAAUUCAGCUCCUUGGGCAAAAUAUCAUUGACCUUCCUCUUUUCACAAAAUUAAUAUUGUGAUUGCUAGUGAAAAAGGAAUGUGUACAGUGCAGUGGACUUAGAGUCAAUAUGAAAAAGAAGAAAUGCUGCUUCUUAGAAACAGCAAAAUCGACACAGUAGUGUUUAUAUACAUACCCUUUUGCAUCUGCUGCUUUGAUGCUUGAACUUGCUUGCGCUGUGCAAUAAACAAAAAGAGCAUGCCAAGAAAUGACUUGAUUAUACAAAAGAAGAAGAGCUAAAGAUAACUCUGUAGCAUUUUGAUAAGAAUGGAACAAAAUGCCAGUUUCCUAAGAAAUCGAAUGGUUUUUUGGGGGGAAGAUAUCAUAUUGCGGUAGUUGAGUUAGCUCCAGCCUGCAUGAGGUAAUGGGAGGGGGUCCCUUUUAAGUUAAGAUUAAAAAAUAAAAAACUGGUUCUUACUGAUUCCUUAGACACACAUCUGAAGGAAACACUGGAAUUCAGAAAACUGAAUUGCUAAGGAACACCAUUAUGUCAUCUAAAAGCAAUCUGGAUUGGAGAGGUCUGACAGUCUUGUGCUUUAACAGUUGUAAACUGUGCUCCCCAAAGUGAAUGUGCCAGUGAAACUGAAAUUUUGCUAGCAGACUAUGUGAGUCAUUUUAAAGAAGUGCAAAGUGUGUGGGGUGUGUGGGUGUGUUUAAUAGUCUUUAUGUUGUCUUAUUCCGUCCAGUGCUGUAUUCAUACCAGCAGAUUUCUUUUCGGAACUAACUUUUUGUCCUGUUGGGUUCUCCUUUUAUGCAUCCGCUGCAGUCAGUACAGGCAAACAGCAGCACAGGAAUUACUGUCAUCAGUAUUCAUGAACAGAUUGUUAGCAGGAAAAUGCUCUAAGCCAUGGGUAGGCAAACUAAGGCCCGGAGCUCAGAUCCGGCCCGCAGACUGUCUUGGAAUCAGUGUGUUUUUACAUGAGUAGAAUGUGUCCUUUUAUUUAAAAUGCAUCUUUGGGUGAUUUGUGGGGCAUAGGAAUCUGUUCACAUUUUUUUUUCCAAAAUAUAGUCUGGCCCCCACAAGGUAUGAGGGACAGUGGACCGGCCCCCUGCUGAAAAAGUUUGCUGACCCCUGCUCUAAGCCUCUACUUGUAUGUAGCAGGUUGCAGCAUUUCCUCAUGGAACUGUUGGCAGAAGGGAAGGCUAUCGUCACCUCUCUCAAGCAGAUCUUUAUUUGGGGAAGGAUUCCAGCCUGAAACUUUGGUCUCUCCUCCCCUGAUAAUACAAAAUAUUGCUGCCUAGAGAAUGUGUAGAAAAUACGCUCUUGCUUAUCUGCAAGCCGCUGUGCUGUGUGAAAUGUGAGGUUCCACAGACUUGAGUUCUUAAGUGAGACUUGAUCAAGUUGGGGCUCUUCCAAUGGCACUAUCUGAAAUAUGAGGGCCAGUUUAUAUACCGCUGCCACCAAAUGGAGGCAGAAUAACAUUGCACUGUGAAAUGCACAGUGGUGAUAUUCAGAUGGCUCACCAUGUGAUGACCGGAUUAGCAAGUGCACUCUACAUGACGGCAAUAGACAGGGGCAAGCGGUGUGGCAAGUUCCAAUGGGUUUCUGGUUCAUGAUUGGGUAACAGGAUAAAUUAUUCAGCUUGAUUCUAAGGAGCGCAGCCAAGCCCGUUUGGACCCUCUAUCUCCCUGAGAUGAUUUCUCAAAACUUGGCCAUAUUUAACAAGGUAAAACCAUGCCUUAGAAGUAGAUGCUUUCACAAUUUAUUGUUACGAUAUUGAAGCAAUGCAGCCGCCAGCUGCCGGUAGCUUGAAAACAAAACAUAAUGGGAAUGUUGGGACUGUUCCAUGGGAAACAGAGGGACAGUCAGUUCACAGUGCAGAGGGCACCGGAAUUAGCUCAGAGUGUAAUAUGAGCUGGACAGGAAGUGUUUGUUGUCUCUCGACUGCUGGAGCUUGAAGAGAGCAGUCAUGAUUUUUGUAACGCUGCAAAGACAGAAAUAAAGGAAUGUAAAUACAUUUCUGUCUAUCUCUUUCCCUUGCCUGUUCUUCUCACUCUGAGAAGGAUCGCCUAUCGCGACCUCUGCCUGGAUCCUGCUGGGGAAUGCAGACAGGGAGGUCAACAGGAGAUCAAGCCGGGUGCCUGGAGAGUGGCCAGUUUCUCCUGAUAAAGGCUUGAUUCCCAACAUCUAUAGCAUUCAUAUUUCCAGUCGUUCAAGAUGAGCAUCCCAUGGGUACUCUGAUGCCAUCUUUGUGUCAUGCAGACAGAUUGUGAACUGUCCAUGUACUCAGGAAUAAAUUUGACCUCUUGCUCAGCCACAUAUCACCUUGAUGCCUUUCCACUUUGUUGGUUGCAUUGUUUAUCUUUAAAAGUCAUGGGAGACUUCACUGGAUUGGGGUUUUUUUGGAGCAGGUAAAAUAAAUGUGCAAUAUUCUAGGCUGCAACUCACUAAGUACUUCUACUUCAAAUAUCAGAUUUUCACCCACAGCUGGUGCCUGUCCCCUAAAAGUAGUGAAUCACUGAGAGUAGAUGCAGGUGCUUGCCCUGAGCAACAUUUUCAUCCACAGCUUUAAAAAAAGAUAUAUACCAUUUCUGAGUGAAGAUCUGGCAACCCCAAUUUCACCUGAAGCGUUUCACUUUAGAUGGUAUUAUGCCCUCAGUACGUCUCAGCAAGCUUGAGUGCAAGUACUCCAAUGUUAAUACGCUUGUGGACCACAGUAUUAGAGACUUGAAGCAUAAUUUCAGUAGCACAGUGACUGCACAAUGCACAGAAAUAAUAGAUUCAAAUGCAUGUUCAUUUUUUUUUAAUGUUGCGCCUAGAUAGUAUGCACAAACGUGCCCACUGACACAUAACUGAUCUCCAGCCACUCACUUUUGGUGGUUGACAAACAUACCUGCUGACACAGAAUGAUAAAAUCAUAGAGUUGUAGAGUUGGAAAGGACACUAAGGAUCAUUAAAUCCAACCCACCUACAAUGCAGGAAUAUGUAGUUGUCCCAUAUGAGGAUCGAACCUUCAACCCUGGCAUUAUCAGCACCACACUCUAACCAACUGUGCUAUCCAGCUCCAUCCCAAUCUUUCCAAACAAAGAGCUAAGACUGUUUCUAUAGAACUGAAAUAUGUAGGGUUCAACUUGCAGCAUACAUCACAUAAUAUAGCAUUAUUCAUGUCACAAUGUGCUCCUUCUGGGGUAGUUUGUCUACCUUUUGUCCCCAUCCUGUACUCAGCUCUCACAUGUGGCUCCUAGAAGCUGUCAGCAUGCUACAGCAGCCACACCCCAGGAAAUGACUUUGAGUGGCCGGCUAAACCAGUUAAGGAUAGCCAAUGUAUCUCAAACCCUUGGUGAGUUAGGGACUUCCUGUGCAUGCAAAGACAGCCUCUGGUGGAUUGAGCAAACGAGACCAAUAGUGGGUCCAACCGUCAAGAAGGAAGUUUCCGCGUGUAUUGUAGAGAGGAGUGAGGUGCAGAUGGGACUCGCCGACCUGGAAAGUAACCUAGCUAGGAGAAGGAAAACUCUGAUCCCAAACCUCUGCCUUGCUGAUAUCUGCAGGAGGAGAAAAGGCUAAGAAGUAAACCCUACACAAAUCUGGAGUGGAAUCCCUAAGAAGGUUGCAAUGCACCUUCUAUGCCUCCUUCCAGCAACUCCUGUAGCCAAGCUGGUGCCAAAUGUGUUGCUCUGCUUUCCUUUGGUCUUGUUUUCUGGUCAGCCCACGACCUCCAUACACACUGUUCAGGCUUGUACCCCAGGAAAGUCACUUCAGUGCUGCUAACACAACAGUUUUACUGCAUCCCCAGAGGCACACUCUGGUCUCUUGAGACAGAUGCCAGCAACAUGUAUCUAUGUAAGCUGUAAAACUUUCCACUCUAAAAAAUAAUAAUCCUUAUAUUCCAACACAGUUUGUGCGAAACAUUCAGUGUAGUACAUUAGGGCUAUGACCCUGAAGUAAUUGAGUUCUGCCUGAAUAAUUAAUGUAGGGCCAGGGUCAUCCAUCAAUCUGUGUUUUGGUUGUGGUGUGAUUCUGUGUGUGUCUGUGUGUGUUUAAGUAAAGCAAAGUGUUUGGAAGGACUUGGCCCAAAAUCUGCCUAAUAACUUUCAAUGAAAUUCAAGAUUGUCUGUGGUGCUUUACAUUACUAUCAAGUAAUUAUCUCAAACUAGGAUGAAAUGAGGGUCAAGACUGGUUCUAACUAAUAAAGAUGGAGUGCUUCCUACUUUGUUCAGUGUGUUAAUGCAAAACUAUGUUGGAAAGGAAAGAGGCAGAAAUGUACUUUGUAGUAAGUGCUAGUAUGAAUUUUGAUUAUUGGUUCUUUGGAUCUGUAAUUUUUUUAUGAGUUUCUACAACCCUGCCCCUAGUGCUGCAGCAAUAAAACCGCUAGCACAUUUAUGAAGCUAAGCAGGGUCUGGUAUGGUUUCAAAUUGGAUAGGGGAUCAUGUGUUGAGAUGCCUUCAUUGCAAGGGGUUGGACUAGAUGACCCUCAAGGUACGUUCCAACUCCAUGAUUUUAUUAUUUCAAGUUACUCCCAUGCUAUUUAGUUCAGAAUGCAAAUUUCAAACUGUACCAGUUUGCUUCUUUUGGUGGGUUGCUUUAUUAUGUUUUUCUUCUGCAAGCUUGCACAUGGGUGGUAGCCAACCAAGUCAUACUGAGUACAGACCCACUGAAAUCAGUGGACUUAGCUUAAGUCUGUUGUCUUGAAUGGGUCUACUCAGAGUAUGACUUAAUUGGACAACACCUACUAUUUCUGUAUCAUGUUGAAGUCUUAAAUUGGUGAUAUUUAAUAUUAAUCUCUAAACCUAGCAUGGGACUUGAGGUUGGAUCCAGAAAACUUUGAUCAGAACAUAAUGGACUUCUAUACCUUUCUUUCCCACUACAAUCUCCACUCCUGAAUGCUGGGAGGGGGGUGACUAAAGCAGAACAGGAAUAUCAAUAGAACUUGGAAGUUGCACAAGAACCUAUUUUCUCUUGAGAAAGGCACCUUCAAAUUUAUUUUAUUUUAUUUUGAAAGCCUUCUAUCAUGCCUUAAAAAUUAAAAAAAAACCAUUCAAAGCGGCAAACAAGUCCAAACAUACAAAAACAACAACAAAAACAACACCCAUAUCAACCCCAGUUGGAACCAUUAAUGUCUUAAGAAUCAGUCCUUCAAUAGGUUAAAAAAUAUCAACAACAAAGUUUUUGCUAAAUCUUACCAAAUUUGAGAUUUUGCUAUUGAGCAUUUUCAUCGACCUUCAGUAUUUAUAUGAAGCCCAGAUGCUGAAAAUUUGAAUGAUAUGCUAAUAUUACAAAGGAAAAGUCAUCUAAGCAGAUCUGGGAAACUAGCCCACUUUGUGAAAUAGUGCACACAUUCAUAUCCACUCAGAUAAAUAAAACUAUUAAUUGCUAACCAGCCUAGACUUUGAUUUCUGGCUCCGAAAGGAGUAUGCUGAUACAUGAUUUAUCACCCCUUUUGCUUUUGGAAUGGCUCUUUAAAUUAGUAUUCCAAUCUAGAUGUAUUCCAUCUCUCCCCCACCCCCUUUCUCAGAAUGGAUUUUAUAAAUCCAAAGGCAAACUAUUCCAUCCUUUAUUUAUGUUUCUUUGUUUUAUCACAUAGCAGUAUGCUUUAGAGCCCAGAACUGCAUCAAAAUAAUUCAUACAGAAAAGUUUGGUUCAGGGCUGUUUUAUUUUCCCAACCGCAGUCUUUUAAAAUUGCAGUAGAACAACUGUGAAUAUUUGUGUGUGUUUUCAGGAUGCCUUGCUUAAAGAGGGUGGGAAUAUAACAGAGAACCUAGCAGUCCACCUUCAGUUCAGAAGCCAUAUCCCAAGGACAUUUGAAGGGAGAGCAGCAGUCUUAGCUAGAGAGCGUAUGUAACAGAGAUUAAUUUAUUGUAGGUACUUUCUUCUGAAUACCUUUAAACAAGCAGAGCUCGUGUGUUUUACCGAAACAUUUCAUCCACUGAAGGGUAACACAAUUCAUCCGAACAUUUAUGAGAGGAAAAUCAUAACACCCACAUCCCAAAUAGUGGUUUUUCAAUAUUUGUGCAUUGUGGUUUUUCCAAGUCAGACAUGCAAUAUUUAGCAUUCUUUGCAUUGUAUAAGUAAAUUGCUAAUUUUAACAAGCAGUCAUGGGAAGCCACUAGGUACACUAGUUUAAGGUAAUUAAAUAUGAAACUGAAUGAUCUGCUGGUUUUCUCUCUGCAUUAAAAGUAGCAAUUUUGAGACAGCCAAAAACUUGUUAAUCCUGCUACUUUUCUCCCAUGACUGCACCUGAUCACAGCCACUGUUCCUCUCUUUUUUUAUUUAUUCAUUCUGAACGAAGCAUUAAGGAUCACAUACUUGAUAUGAUGCUGCUGCAUGUGUAAGUAUCGUGAAGGGAACAUAAAAUCUAUUUAGAGUGAAGGUAUACUAAUCACAUGGACUGUCCUUUUCACAGCUCUUUUGCAACUACAGUGGUACCUCAGGUUACAUACUCCGCUAACCCAGAAAUAGUGCUUCAGGUGAAGAACUUUGCUUCAGGAUGAGAACAGAAAUCGUGCUCCGCCGGCGCGGUAGCAGCAGGAGUCCCCAUUAGCUAAAGUGGUGCUUCAGGUUAAGAACAGUUUCAGGUUAAGUACGGACCUCGGAACGAAUUAAGUACUUAACCUGAGGUACCACUGUAUUGCAAAAAAAAUAAAAAAGCCCUACAAGGACGUUCUGUUCAGUGGCAGAGCUUCAUGCUCCGGCACCGGGGGGCAGAGAGCAAGCAGGGGCAUGGCUGGUGGGUGUCCCAGGGGCGUGGUGCACGUCCUGGGGGCAAUGUGCCCAGCGCAGGCGGGGGAGGCAGCCGCGUUGUCACCCCACUGGGAUAGCGCUGCUGGGGAUGGUGCGCUCCCCCUGCUCUCCUCUUGCUCCUCCAGUGGUCCUGUUUUAAUUCUGACAAAAUCAACCCUCUCAGCUCAGCCCUAGGAUUUACCGCUCAUAUAGUGGUAUUUGAAAGUCUGUCUUGUUUUGCAUCUUGGGAGGGUUUUACAUUGUAAACCAGGGGUUGGCAAGGUUGGCGUGCGAUUUCUGGCAUCGUGGAAGCAAGUCCCUUUGCCGUGCUGCACCAGUUUAGCACAGCGCGGGGACUCGCUGAGUGGGGAGCUUGGUUCAGGGGCGAUUCGUGGGCCGUCUAAACGACCCCUGUGGGCCACUUGUGGCCCAUGGGCUUUAGGUUGCCAACCGCUGUUGUAAACAUUUCAGUUCAUAGGAAGGGGGUUAUCUGCCGCACUGGACAGUAAAUUCUGCAUUCUGAAGGGAGAUAUACUUGGAAUAACGGCAUAUAUUCUGAUUAAUGUUCCAAAUAACUUGAUUAUAUUAGGUACAAAGUGACCUAUCCUAGUCUGUGGCAUAACAAACUGAAGCCUAUUGGUGCAUUUAGAACUGGAACAUUUAGUAUGAAGAAAUAAAAUUAAGCCCUUCUUUUUAUUCAGGAAUGGAAUGUGGUAAACUGUUUUAGCUCAAUGUGAAUAAUCAUGAGCAACUCCAACCAUCUUCAAGUAAUUUCAAGGGAAAGCCUUGGACUUCCUUUGAAAAAUUUCACACAUUUUGCACAAGCAGGAAACUCCAAAUUCAGAUUUGCUCAAGUGUCAUUUUAGGCAGAAUUUGGUUGUGAUCAAACAUAAUGACCCUCUCAUUGAGAUAUUGUACAUAUUAUUCCCUAAAUUUCCAUAGAAGUUUUACCCAAGUGUCUCCCUGAGUCACCUUGAAUUUAACUUUUGUUAAAGUUUGGUGGUGACUGUAUAUGUGGAAAAGAAAGUUCUGAAAAGGAAAAAGCCUUUACUUUGUGCCUCUUAUAGAUUACUAGCAGCCUCACGCCUACUGUUGCUUGGGAAUUCUAAGAAACCAAAAAAUUGGUGCAAUUUUGCAAUCAAUGCAGUUUUGAAAGGUUCAGCCUGCCAUCUUGAUUCCAAAUGGCAUCCAAUCAGACUAAAACUUGCUGCUUGAUCUCAGGAACCAUUGUGCAAAGUUUGGUUAUGAUAUCUUAAGAAGUGUCCAAAUGGACGGCAAGCAGAUCAACAACUUUAUCCAAAAUAUAUUGUAGUUCCUGAUGUGCACAUUUGAUGUGUUUGUUAAAAUGUUUGUUUAUAUCUACAAAAAAGAAAGAAAGAAAGAAAGAAAGAAAGAAAGAAAGAAAGAAAGAUGCGAAGUUUGCUCAGAGUUCAUUCACCUGUGGGUUCAGUGACAGGAAUGAUCACUUUCUUUACCCUGUUUUCUCUUUUGCUAUUUCAAAUUUCACUCAUGGGAUUUUGUGAACAGUUUCUAAAAAGCUUUAUUGCAUCCAGUCUCCUGGAAUUUCACUUGCAAACUGGCAGCUUGUGUCAUUUCUUUGGUUGCCACCAAUGGCAGAUGGAGCUUGCGGGUAUACGGAGAUGGUAUGAAAAUUGGAUUUGAACAAUUGCUGCUGGUUAUUGGACGAGCUCCAGUGGGUUGUACUGUGAAGGAGUUUGGAUCUUACUGGUUAACUGAUAGAAGCAAUUGUAUCAACGCUGCAUACUAGUAGUUAUGCAGCAAGUGCUUAACUUAAUAAUAAUACCAAGUUAGCAUGUAGCGUUGAACAAGCCUACAGUUAAAUCUCUCGGCUUUUUCUUUUCUUUUUGGAUGGCGUUUUUAAAUUGCUUUCUAAAAAUUACCUUCUGUCGAUUAAGGUCUGCCUAUGCAUGUAAAACUGUAGUGGUGAGCAGAAAAGGAGAAAAAGGAUGAACUGCUUAAGGAUUUGAGUUUUUGCCUUUCACUUUGAUAAUUGUAAUAUUUGACAACUCCUACUAAUUAUGGUUUUCUUUUCUGUUUGUUUUUGUUUUUCAUUUAUCUGACUUGUGCUUGUCUUUUGGCUUAGUUCUUUCAUAAUUUGCCCCUUACAGUGCUAAAUAUCUGUGUUCAUUUUGUAUUCUUUGUUUAUAUUUUUAUGUGUUUUAAUGAAAUGAGUGAGAAUGACAAAUUGUAUACAAAUAUGUGUGCAAUCUUACUGUCUUCUAGUACAUUUUAUUUGAAGAGCUGUCUGAUUCAAGAAGACCUAUAAGAAGGGAGAGCAGAGGCUUAGUCAGCAUAGCAGACUAAGCAGGCACACAGGUCACAUGCUUGUUUAAUAUGAUCUGUAAACUUGCAUCUAGAUAUAAAGUCACCCUCUUUUGGCCUUUUUGUGUGUGAUGUAUUUCAACUUUCUUUCUUUUUUUCUUUCUUUCUUUUUGCAGUGCAUAAGUGUCCAUCCAAUCCCAUACCAAGCAAAAGCCUCCUUUGAUAUUUUAGCUCUUUCUAGUCAGUGUACAGUGGUACCUCGUGUUAAGAACUUAAUUCGUUCUGGAUGUCUGUUCUUAACCUGAAACUGUUCUUAACCGGAAACACCACUUUAGCUAAUGGGGCCUCCUGCUGUAGCUGCGCCACUGCUGCACGAUUUCUGAUGGAAUUGCAAUUGUGUGCUUCAAGGGUUUUGGAAUGCAGUUUAAAAAAUUGUAGGCCAGUGGUCAGCCAGCCUGAAAUGUUUGGGGCUGAUUUUGAUUGGGACCAUUGUGUGGAGGAAAGGGUUAAAUACUCUCCUCUCCUCUUACUGCACUCCCCCCACCCCAAAUUGUGAUGGCUGAGUGUGGGACAAAGUGCGAAUGUGGGGGGAGAGAAAACAAACAGAUACAAAAGUGAGUGAACGAAGCAUGGUUAUUUCACAGUAAAUGCUCAGUGUGGAAGCAGCCUCAGUGUGGCAAACUUGGUUCUUAAGAUACUGUCUCCCAGGAAAAUAACAGGCUUUUUAUCUCCUGUCCUUGACCAAUGCAACAACUCUAAAGUUUAACUCUCCUGAGAUCAAGUCUCCCUUCUGUCUCCAUUGGGAACCCUAGCAAGUAAUUUCCCCAGAUAACAGCCAAAAACUCAAUUAAACUUAGAUUAAAGAACAGAAGGAUUUAUUGGCUUUUUACGGGGUAGAGCGAGGGAAGGAAAAUAAAAGAUGGUAGAUAUUAAACUGCCUAAAGAGGGGAAGCAGACUAUCCCAACACUAGCAUUCCUCUUUGGCUUAUGAAAUAAUUAGGAGAUUUGUAGCUAGUUUACUGCAGAACAGAAAAGGCUUGGCUCUGUCAGAACCGCAAACGGAAUGACAUGCCUUUGUGAGGCAGUGAAUGAGCUAAAGUAACCUAAUUCUUUGACCCAAGGGUGUCAAAAAAAAAAUUUCUGGGAUGCCACACUUUGUUCUGGUUUGGAGCAAGACAUCCUUGGGGAAAGAAGACAGGAGCUCAGUGUUUUCAUUCUCCAUCCUCCUAUAAACAUCUACAAUAAUAUUGUUGUUAUGAGUUGCAGGGUGGAGUUGGGGAUAGGCUGUAUGCUUGACCCACCCCUUCUAAUUCCUAGCUCCAACAUGGAUUCAAUUCCUAGACUACCCAGCCAGCUUCCUAGUUGUGGGGGAAACAAGACCCUCUUCAGGUGUUAAUGCUGUGAGUCCCUCCAUCAUAGGCUCAGGUUAUAUAUGUGUGUGUGUAAAUAAACCAUAUAUCCUAAAGACACCAUAGUCUGUUGCUCAUUCCAAAGGAAACACGGACCCUGGGCAAGCUCCUGAAACCCCUAGAAUCUCAUACUUCUAGGAGAUUGGGGGGAGGGGCAUACAACAAUAUCAUAAUCGACUUCCCACUGUAUUCUCUUUAUUAUCCAAAAGGCUGUAUUCAUUAUCUUUUUAUUUAUCAAUUGAAAUGGGCAAACCAAAUAACACAGGAGUCAGCAGAAUUAUUGAGCAGCUUUAGAUUAUUUUCCUGUGAGACCACAUUCAUGUCUUCUGUUGUUUUUUUUACCAUUAUUAUUAUUUUAUUGCUGUUGCUGUUGUUGUUAAGAAUUUAUAACCUGUCCUUCAUUGAUUAUAUCAUUCCAUAACAGGGAGCAAUUAAAUAAAAUAAUUAUAAAAAUAUACAGAAAAAAUAAAUAAAUUAGCAAAUCCCUAAAAAGCACUCUAAUAAAUGCCAUAAACAUAUUAAGAAGUCCAUCAUAAAAGCAAACAAAGUUAAACUACACCAAAGACAAGAAUUAAAAUUUCCAAUUUAACCAAAUACCUGGGCAAAAAAAAAAGUGACUGAAACAACCAAAUGAAUUUUGCAGCAGUUCUAUCACCUCUUUAAUCCAGGGCAGCCCACAUAUUCCCCUUCUGACUCUCGCACAAGGAGGGCUGCAUGAAGUGCUAACACACUCUCAUUCUACCCAGGCUUUCCUCACCCUGAGUGGCAUGAACAUGCUUUGUCCACAAGCAUCCACAGUGAAAACCUCCCACCCCUUUUGCCACAAAGCCCCCUUUCCCCGAUCCAGAAUUUCAGCUUUCCUAUCCUGAGAGGGUCUUGGUUCUCAGUGACUUCCAUGGAGCUCUGUCAAAGAACUUCUUUGUGUCUUUGUUACGUGGCCUUGGUGAGUAAUUUUUGCUUAGGAGGCUAUUUUAAGUGAGCAUUAUUAGCCUACCGUUCAUGGCCCACGAGAAGGAAGUAUCAUUGUCCAUAAUGAGCCAUAGAUUGGACAUAAAAGGGGGAGAAAAGGGCAUAAGAGGCAGAACUUAAUGUGUUUGAAUGGGUGCACGGGAAGCACAGAAAGAAAACAGGGAGAGGCUCCAGCCCAAAUCACUCCUGGCUCUGUCCCACCUCCAUGCUCCUAAAAAGAUUUCCCACAAGGAAAUGCUGCCUUCAGGCUGACAUAGGUCCCCUACUCUAGAUAUGUUGGAGUGGUUUUAGCUGGAGGUUAAACAAGUGUGAUAUCAAGUGGGAUUCUGUCCCUGUCUCUUUUUCCUGCUGAUCCUUGAUGCCAGCCCAAGUGGAGACAAUAUUAAGCACAAUAUAUUUCAAGAGCCUAUUUGCUAGUGUAGCAUGUGUUGCUAUUAUUUAAUUAUGAUUUCAUGUUGUUAUUGUUGUUGCAACAGAAGCAAUGUAAUUGAGGAUAAGCACAUUUUAAGUGUCAUUUAUUUUACCUGUAUACACACACACACUACAUUUCACAUAUUGGAAAUCACAAUGCCAGGAUGCAGUUUCUUAUUUUCAGCUGCACCUUCUAAAUCACAAAAGGAUUUGAAUGCCAUUGGCUAUAACCUAUUUUUCCUCAGUAUCUAUACAUUGAUAUUUACAGUUACUUUAAUAGAAUAUGUAGUCAGAAAACUGCAAAUUAGUGUCCAGCUACUGCAGAGCGGUUUGAAUCCCCGCAACAGAGUGAGUUCCUGUUGCUCUGUUCCUGCUCCUGCCAACCUAGCAGUUCAAAAGCACAAAGUGCAAGUAGAUAAAUAGGUACUGCUCCAGUGGGAAGGUAAAUGGCGUUUCCGUGCGCUGCUCUGGUUCACCAGAAGCGGCUUAGUCAUGCUGGCCACAUGACCCGGAAGCUGUACACCGGCUCCCUCAGCCAGUAAAGUGAGAUGAGCGCCACAACCCCAGAGUCAUGGGGUCCCUUUACCCUUUACCUUUACUGCAGAGCUUAAAAGUCUCUGUAAAGCAAUGGAAUUGCAAUAUUCCACUCUCUAGGAAAAAAAGAAAGAAGGAAACUAAACUGAAUAUUUGUGCUCAUGUUCUGUAUUCAGACACAGGUUCAGUUGUGCAAGGAAGUAACAACUUGUGAAACUGUUUUUAACUUAGCAUGGGUGGUGUAACCAGGCUCAACCAAAUUGAAAAAUGCCUGCAAGGACAGACAUUCAGAACUGCCUAGCGAGUGGUAAGAUUCAAGAUUCAGAUUUGUUAAGUGUUCUCUACACAAAUUGCAUUAUAGCUCCAUCUUCACUUGUGCUUCUGAGUGCUUUGUUGAAUGGAGACCUAAUGAGAAACAGCUGUAGCCCCCAUUUUGUUAAGGUAUUAACAAUUUGUGGGUUUUCAUUUCAAACACAAAGCAUUUAUACAAAAAGUUUUUGUUAAUGUCAUUUACAGCACAGUUUUGUGUAAGUCUACCCAGAUCUAAGACCCAUUGAAUUCAACAGUGCUUACUUCCCAGAUAAGUAGAUAUAGGAAUGCAACCUCAGGACUCUUGUGAUCUUUCCCAAACUUGAAUUCAUGAUCCCCACCCCUAUCUCACAGCCUAUUCUGGCAUAAUUAUGACUUUACCCUAGAGUAUCUUGGUUUGGAAUUAUUUUUGUUUGUAUUGUUAUGAGUUUGUGGUUGCCAGACCUCUCUAAUCCUUGGAUCCAAUAAGUGUUAGAAUUUAACCAAAGCUUGGGGUGUUAAGCUGAGUGCUACCAAGUGUUAAAAGCUAAUGGGCCAUUAAGAGAACAAAUGAUCAAAGGGAUUCUUCUAGACAGAAACUAGAGUGGGGAGCUCCCUUAGCAGAUAAAGCCAUAGUUCAAAGUGGAGAGGUUAGGAGAGAUGUGACCUAGAAGGAAAGCAGCAAAUUGGAGAGAGAGAGGCUUCAAAUUCUUGGCUAUCAGAGAAACAAGGGGUGUUGAUGCUGUGAACCCCUCAAUCAUAGGCUUAGGUUGUAUAUAUCUGUAAGUAAACCAUAUAUUCUUCACUGUGCCUCAUUUCCAAAAGGAAACCUGAACCUUGGGUAAGCAUCUGGAAUCCUGUACCAUUCAGAGAUUGGGAUGGUGUGCAACAGUUUUAUUGGUUGGUUGGUUGGUUGAUUGAUUGAUUGAUUGAUUGACAGUGAUACAGUGGAUGGGUUAAGCACAGCUAGGACAUUCCUCUAGUUUUGCUACAUUCAUAUUUCAUUGCUUUUCUGUCACGUAGACUAGUAAGUGGCAACCCAGCCCAUAAUAUGGAGUUUGGGAGCUCUUAAGCCUCACUUCAGUUUUCAGAACUGAAGCCAUAUGAGAUACAAAUAAGGAAAUAAAAAUGGCUGUUGUUCAUUAGAGCUACUGUGGCACCCAUCUAGGAUUAUGUGUUGGACUUGAACCAAGGAGAUCUGGAUUCAUAUCCUUGCUAAGCCAAGAAACUUACUAGGUGAUCUUGAGCCUAUCCGAACUCAGAGAUUUAUUGGGAAGCUUGAAUAGGGUAACUUAUUUCAGACACUUGAAAAAAGAGUGGUAUGCAAAUAUGAUAAAUACUAUUUCUUGAGCAUCUAAAAGAAAUCAAUAUAAAACAGAUAAUAAAAAAAAAACCCACCAGAGCCCUGCCUGUAGGUUUGCAAUAUAAAUAAAAACAUCCUGUGAUUGAAUGUCUGUGGUAGUGCUGGGGAGGAAUGGAGGAGGGGUCAUGCCUCUAGACCCAUGCAUUCUAUUUGAUGAUAUCCUUAAGUCAGUGAAUGCUGCAACAUCAAGCCAGUAAUUCACAGUCUGUGAAACAAGAUCACAUUUUCAGCUGGAAUUUCAAUCAGGCACAUUUAUAUAAAACAGAGAGAGGUUCUGGAUGGCAUGUUUUGCUUGCUGAUGUAUUUGGUUGGUAUCUAAAGUGACUGGAGAUUUAUAAUUCCCUAUUAGUACCUUUGGAUCAAAGAGGAAUGGUGGAGUACUUAUUUACUUUUCUAGGUCAGGCUCCUGAUGUCAGAGUUUAAUGAAUUUAUGCAAAACAGGAGCUAAAGAAGAUUAAUGUCUUCAUGGUGGAAUGUCCAAUCAGGUUAUUUUAACACUUGGUUGAUGCACUUCUCUUCUCUUCCCUUCCCUUCCCUUACCCUUUUUUGUAUGUAUAAGUCCUAUGCACUGACAUUUCCAGCUAGAAGUUCUUGGGUACUAGGGCUGAGAAAUAUCUCUGCCCUGGGACAUUUUUGCGAUGUGAAUAAAUUGACCAGUAGAAUUCUUGCUAUUGGAAAGUGUCAUGUGUUCAUUUAGUGGCCAUAUUCAAGUAUUCAAGAUAAUGCAUUGUGAGAGAUUGGAACCAUGCAAGUGUAUCCCACCUCUUUCACUUGUAUGGCCCUGCCCCACACAAGUUAGCACUAUGUUCCUGACAAGUUAGCACUAUGGUUUUCAUGGAGGUGUAGGCAUGGUCACCCCUUCUGAAACAAAUGAAGCCUGAAUAUUUAAGAAUGAUAGCUGCAGGGGUUCUCUCACAAAGGUGGACUUUGCCAUUUUGGGGUGAUUACCCGCUCACCAGCAGCAACUCUGUUACCCCAAAGGGCAAUGACUUUGUUACCCCAAGGGUGAUGGAUGGGCUUCUGUGCCCCCAUGGAUUUUUGGAGAUACAGCUUCCAGAAAGAGAAAGAGAGAGAGGUUUUAAUCCUUCCCCAAAUGAUUAGAGUGUCCCAGGAAAAUAAUUCACUGUAAUUAAACACUAAACCUGUCUGUCAAAAUUAAUGAUCUUUCCACCUCUCCCCUCCCCUCCUAAGCUCAGGGCAGUACCCCAGUCAGCUUGCUUGCUUGCUUUUUGGAGAGCCAAGGCCAAAAAGGCACUUAGAAGCUUAGGGAAUCCCUCACCCACUUUGAGACAGCUUAUCAAUGGUUCAGUUCAAUGAUGAAAGGUAAGAACCUUCCUCAAAUCAACCCAAUUUGCCUCAUAAUUCAGGAAAAACACAGAUCCAACACACAUCCCUAAUCAGGGCCUUUUUCCCAGCUGGAACUCGCCAGUUCCGGCACCUCUGAGGUGGGCGCCAUUGUAAUUCUAAGAGAACAAGGCAGGUGUUCGUGGUGAGAAAAAGAGCACUGCCCCUAAUACAUUUGAACAUUUACAUUGGGCUAAUAAGCUCAUGGACUGAACUUAUACUGCCUUCAUGGUUGGAGGCUGUUUGCUUCUGAGUACUAGUUUCUGGAAACCGCAGAAGGGGACAGUACUGUUCCGCUGAGGUCCUGCUUGCAGGCUUCCCAUAGGCCUCUAGUUGGCCACUGAAAGAACAAGAAGUUGGGCUAGAUGGGCCACUGAUCCAACAGGCUUCUUCUUAUAUUCUUCAGUUCCACAGUGGUGGGAAAUGUGGGGUUUUUCCUAGUUCACCAAACAAAUGGAUUUAUAAAGAGAUCUGUGCUAGCUCAGAAUAGGGAAAGUUUCCAUCUUGAUUUCUAUAAUUUCAAGUUUUCACUAGUUUGCAUAUGUGGAUGCUGUCAUAUAUCCUACAUAUGAACAUCCUUGUGGCCAUGUAGAAGCAGUGGUUUGUGAACCAAAAAUUAUAUUCAGUUGCAGCAAGGACUGAAUUGUGGCAGCUCUGAAAAGGACUGUGGCAGCCUCACUUUCACCAGCUUCACCCUUCACAAUGACCAUGGCUAAGUGCAGUUAUAAGGACAUUCAUCUGUGGAAAUGAACCAUUGGUCUUUCGUGUGUGUGAACCAGCCCUUGUUAAUUAAGUGAUUAGUACUUACCAGCGACAGAACACUCUGAGCACUCAGUUAAUUUCCUUGUACGUUAUCCUCUCUAAGUAUGAAGCAUUGUUUCUUCCCUAGAAGACAUUUAAUUUUCAUGGUUUCUGUUUCUUCUGAUCCCUAGCUAUAUGGAAACUUGAUUAGAAACGUGAUAUACUUCUAUUGUCGUGAGUUUUAAAAGGCACAAGCAGAACGCAACUCAAACCAACUCAGUUUGGCCCAAGCGACCAAAAUUUCACAGCUGAAAGGUGUGAGCACAUGAGAAACGGUAGUGGAAAUAUUGCUGGCCAGUAUGAUUUCAAAGUCACCAUUUGAGAAGCAAAUAUAUUGCUGUUUCUUACAUGGUUGCUCAUAUGAAAGACAUAGUGAAAUUUAAAGCUCUUGGGCCCUGUGAAAGGGACAGUGGAAAUUUACAGGUUUUCCUUUAGAUCACUGCAAACUGUUGCCUACACUGGGAAUGGAAUCUGAAGGUUAGUUUUCAUGUUACGCACACUGCACAGAAGCCACUGAAGCAGUCCUGAUCCAGUAUGAUCAAGUAACUUCAUUGUAUAUAAGUGGUAUAUAAACUGUUAAAAGUAAAUAAAGAUUAGGGUAGGUUGAGCAUAUGGAUUAGUCUUAUUUAUGGAUUUCCGCUAUUGUGUAAAUCUCCCACCCCAUAGCCAGAUGCAGAGACUGGCGGUGGUAUGGACACUCGACAACUGAUGAUGGCAAUCUGUAUAUUAAAUCUUUCUAGGAAAUUAUAUCCACCAGAGUGGAACGCUCAUUAUGCAGAGGCUAUUUGGAGCAAGCUAUGUGUUAGGAGUAUAAGGAGCAGACCGGUCCUUAGAUUUUGAUCUCUUUAUGGGCUGGGAGAAGAAGAGAGAGAAUCCGCUUUACAAAAGGGAAUAUUCUUUUGCAGUUUUUCCCCCCGGCACUGUGUUUUCUUCCAGCAAGAACUCAGAGCUGCCCUUGGCGCUGUGUCAACUUAAACAGUGUUGCAGAGCCUGUCCUGAAGCAUAUAUCACUGGAUGCCUGUCACAUUAGGAAGCUUGAGUGAAUUUCUUAGAGCCACUGAGGGUAAAAGGUGAAACUUGCCAGGAUUAUGUGUUGCAAAUGAAUCCUACUUUUGUGGUUUGGUUCAGGCCAGCAAUACACUGACGGGAUGAAUGUACACCACACAAGAUGGAUGCAUACGUUAUUUGUUAAAAAUUAGGCACAUUUAAUUUUAUGUAGCAUUGGUUAAUGAAGUGUUACUGCUGUUAGAACCUGACCUUGUUCGAUGCCAUAGACAAAUUGGGAUGGUUAAAUCUGCAUUCUUCAAGGGGCUGUCUCUGGGUCAGUUUAGAAGCAUGUGCGCUUUUCUUCUCCAUUCAAUUGGCUCAUGAUUGGACAAAAAUCAUCACUAAUAAUAAUAAUAAUAAUAAUAAUUUAUAACGUAAACUAUUCCUGAACACCUUGCUCAGCCAUCUCUUAGGAUCACCCUGCCAAGCAAAGGGUUGCCUAGAUUUUCCAUGGCUGUAUCAAUCUGUCUUGUGUCCUGAGAAACUAUUUCUGAAUAUUUUCAACUAGUGCCAAUAUUCCCGAAGGGCAUCAUUAUGUUGUUUUGCUUCUCUGGCAGCAUAGGAAACAUGAAGCUCUUUUGUCAUAAAAGAAAGCAUCCAAUCUUGAGCUUAUUAGAUGGAAGUAAGGCCUAUUUAAAUUGAUGGGACUUGCAUAGAUGUUAUAGGCUGUAUCCACAAGAUGACAAGCAGGAGGGAAAUAGCUGGUGGUGUUUUUGCACGCCCUUGCUCAGGAGUUCACGCAGUGCUUUGAUAUGUAGGUUGAAUGGUAGUUCUCAUGCUUCCACUUGCACAAGCAGAAAAAGCCUAUUUGGAUCUCAUUUCUUUCUUUUUGCACAAGGCUCUAAUGCAGGAUGUAAAGCAGUUCUUCCAGGAGUGGAAGGCACCUUUCUGUGUGCCUAAGAACACGCUUUGAUCCAACAAUCUUCUUUUAGGAAUAGGGUGUUAGAAGCAGCCUGGGAGAUUUUCUGAGAAGGAUGGAUAGUGUCCUGUAGGGAACUACUGAAAGUCUAGAAUGGAUGGUGGAAUGUGAUAGAGAGAAGUAAAAAGUGAAAUCUCUGUUUCAUUGAUUCAGCACUUGCUACUGGAAGAAAAUGCCUCUCUCAUUAUGCUAUGUUCAUUUCCAUAUGCAAGAUUUUAAAACAUGAUAUAAUAAUUGUUUAUAUACUUCUCACAGGCUGAAAAUUGCAGCUCAAGAAAAUCCAUUUAGAAUAUAGUGGGUCCCCCCCUUCUUUUCUUUUUUCUGAGCUGCAGAUAUCCUCUGAAAUACCUGGAUUCUUUUUCUUUAUCCUUUGUAUCCUAUUUUAUCCAGACUGCUAAGCAAUUGUCAUUUUUAUAGCAUUUGAUGUGCAACUUCAGCCAAACGAAAAACUUGGUACUUAUUAAAACCAUUAGACAAGAAAAGCAAGGCUGGUAGUUUGAGGAGUUGAUGUGUAAAAACUAUUCAAGGAUAACAUAGAUGCUUAUAUAUUUAAAUAGGUAUUGUGUAAAGAAUGUGUGCACAUAUAUAUAAAGUACUCAUGCAUGCUAUACCUCAGAAUAAAGUGAAUAGAAUUCAGAAUUUUCCUAUCCCAGAGGGCUUGUAUGCCCAUUAUUUAAUCAUUAUUGCUGAAUGGCCCGUAAUCAUUUUCAUAAAUGUUACAAUCUUGGCAGCUUUACUCUUCUCAGAUGAGAUAAGUCGAGUAAUAUUUAGAUUUUUUUAUUUUUUAUUUAAAGAAGUGAACUUGUCUGUGGAAGGUUUAUAUAGAGUUUGCUUUGGAAAAGCUUUCAAGAGUUCUGCUGCCAAGGCAGAAGCAGAAUUGCUGACUCUCUUAUCAGCCAUGCUGGUUACUGUAGUCAAUCUAUAUAGAAAGCAAAUUUCAAGCCUUCUGUAUCAUUGUCCCAGUGUUCUCUCACAUUCUUGUGUGACCAAGAAACAAAACCCUGAGGAUAUGAAAAGUCUUGUUUCCUAAUGGCUAAGAGUCACAAAAGGCAAGAAGGAGCUCUGUGCCUCACCCCAACUAUGUCUUAGGUACAGCCCUUUAUUUUCUCUCAUGUUUUAUCAACUUUGGUUGCUAAGACAGCUACAGUCAUUUCUGGAUAGGGAUAGCUUGACCACAGUUGUCCAUGUAUUGGUAGCCUCGUGGUUAGAUUACUGCAAUGUACUGUAUGUGGGGCUGCCUUUGAGGAAGGCUGCAGUUGGUACAGAACACAACUUGUGAGGGUUGCUUGUGGGAGCAAACUCCUGCAGACAUAGAACACGUUGCCUGCAGGAUUUGCACUGGCUUCCAGUUUGCCAAGUUCACAGUGUUGGUACUAACAUUUAAGGUUACUUGGGAGACAGCCAUGUCUCAUGCAUAUCUAGUAGAUAGCUGCGGUCUAUGGGAGAGUCUCCUGCAAGUUCUAAAGAUCUCAGGAGCCCAUUCUGCAGUUUUAGUGUGAUCUGCACUUUCCAGGAACAACUGAAUACAUUUUUGUUCCCAGCUAGAUAAAUGGGUUUUUACCACAAAUAACCUGAGGAAGUGAUCAGCAGCUUUAGCAUUCUUCCUGAAUCCUGGCAAACUGUGGCUAGUCUUAAGAUGGGAGUUGUAGUCCCAAAACAUCUAGCGGGCCGAGUUUGCCUAUCCCAUCAUCCCUAGCUAACAGGACCAGUGGUCAGGGGUGAUGGGAGUUGUAGUCCCAAAACAUCUGGAGGGCCGAGUUUGCCUAUGCUUGGUUUAAGGAAUUAAACAUUCAGUUUGUCCAGAUUCAGACACAAUGCCAAACUGUGAUUAGUGGAAGUGAAAACGCCUCACAGCCAUGCUACAUGAGCAGAGAAGAGAGGGGAGCUGAUGAGCUUAAGUUUCAUUCAUGUAACACUAAACUAGAGUGUUACACUAAACCAACACAGUUUUGGGGGAAAUACUCUUUAGUGUUCCAUCUGAAUCUAGUUGAAGUCACUAAUACUAGAAAAGUGGGUAACAGCAGUCACAACAAAGUCAGAUACACCCCUCUGUUAAAAUCCAAUAGUAUGUGUUGCAAAGUGCUUGAGAUUUCAGACUUCUAAAUUUUACUUUCUUAUUCCAUGCACAAUUAUAUUUUGAUGGCAAGGCAUAAGAAACAUAAAAACACCGGAAAAGCAAUCAACGCUGCAGCUUCACUAUGAUUGUCGUUUCGUGAUGGUGCCAUGAUUUGGCUUGAGGACAUUGUGCAGAAUCCCUGAUUUUCACGCCUUUAACUAAUUAUUCAGUCAAGGAUUUGGCAAGUUAGUCGAUAGAAAGCUCAUGUACAGUAAAUAAAAAUUGAUCACACCUCAAUUCCCAUCAGUAGUUGGGCCGAAUGGUGAUAGAAUUAUGCGAGGGUCAUUUUUAAGUCAUACUUGGGGAGAAAUAUCCCUUGUUGUGUUGCAUAAUCCAUACUAAUCACUGAGGGAGAGUGUCUUUUCAUGUUAGUUUAUGAAUAUUUGUAGCCUUUAAAUGAGGGGUGAAACUAAUCCUCACUCCAUAAUUGAUGCUUCUUAGUAGUCCCAUAAUUGCCUAGCCUUGUCAGACUGUUCUCAUGUGGUGGUGCUGUGAUUUUUAAACUUGGUGAUCAUUACAGAUAGUUUACUUUCCCAUCUAUUAGAGAUUCAGCCAUAAUAUAACAGGAGUUCUCACUUAGAGCUCUUGGAAUAUGUCAGACUGCCUUUUGGAUAAGCUUGUAGAAUGUGUUCUUUUUUGGUGAUUUACUGGCAAUUAGUUAGAGGCGCUUGACAGAUUUAUUAUUCUCCUUCAAAGGGUGAUGAAUAAAGAACACAUAAUAUUAAAGCCAGGUUUUCUGCCUAUACUUAUUCCAAACAGGUUCACACUGUUUCAGAUAAUUCAUCUGUUUAAUGCAGGGUCUUGAGAAUGGACAAUAUGAUACAGCUACAAGCAAAAUUGAUAGUGUGGAAGUAGCAUACAUUCUACCCCAGUGGGACAUAAGGUUGUGUCCAGUGUUGGCCAUACUGUAGCACCUUUGAAAUUAAUGGGCGUGACUAAUUUAGGUCCAUCAAUUUCUGUGGAUCUACUCUUGAGUACAAUCUUGUUGAAUACAGAGACAAUGUAAACAAACAAAAGUUUGGCAUCACCAUGGAAAAGGCCUGACCUCAGAAAAUGGGUUCACAUAGAGAAGAAUCUCUGAAGGUGACCCCAACUGCAAGACAGUUUCAGGUGGGAGAAGGUGGUAGCUUUUCAGGCUUAGAAGAGUUUUGAACAGUGAAAUUAGAAAAGAAGACGACAAACACAGAAACUCACGUUCAAAGGCUAAAAAAUUAGAAAAGAUACAUUAAAUUUAUUGUAGCUCCAUUGCUCCAACCCACAUUUUCACUUCUCAGGGAGCAGGCGGGGAGAGGAUUAGGCUAUAAGAAUGUGCAUAGCUAAGUGGCUUCUACUGGCAUCAUUUCAUUUCAGUGCCAUUUAUUUGAGCUAUAGAGCAAAAGUAGUGCAUUUUUUGAUAUAAUAUAGAUGUCUGUUUGCACUCUCUUAAUGAUAAAACAUUAGGAUAUAGCUAUUUCUUUAAAUCCUGUAUGCAGUUCAUACAAUUCUCCCUCUUGUAUAAUGGCUCAGCUUCAUCUACAUGGUACAUUCCUGCCUGAUUUUUUUUCCUGGUUCGUUUUUUCUCUCUCUCUCCUCUCUCAUUGUGAAUAUUCUUUUCUCUUCUCUGAUUGCUUUUUCUCCUUAGAUCAUUACUCUUGGUUGAUAGCUUCAGGUUAUCACUGUAUCCUAUCUCCCUCUCCAAUAAGCUCAUGAUUGAUACUAAUCUUCCUCCUGGGAUGCAUUUAUCGGAUGCUGGAUGGAAACUACUCUCUAAAUCUUAGCGUUAUAUCUACUGACAAUUUACAAGGUUGCACCCUACAUUACCAUCAGGUGGCUUUGCCAGGGGCUGGUGGGUGGAGGGAGAGAAGCACCAGCACAUUGCAGUUAUAACUUUAUUGGAAAGAUGUGCUUCUUAUGCUAAAAAGUUGCAUUGUUUCAUUUGUGUUAGAUUCGAGUUUAAAUUUUAUAGAUUAAGCAAGAUGCUCCUUUCUUCAUAUCCUAGUAUCAUAAAUUUGUACAGUUAGAAGGCACCGCGCCCCUUGGAUCAUCUGAUUAAGCCUUCGAAUCGCAUUACCUAAUCUCUCCUUUCUCAGAUGCAUGUCUAGCCUUACCCUAAAAGGCAUCAAAAGAAUAUUCCACAGUGUAGCUAGCUCACCACCUUACUGCCUUUAUUAGUGGCUCUUUUUAACACAGAUAUUUUUUGUUAUAAUGCUGAAACCAAGCCUUCCUAGUGUGGUACAGUGGUUAAGAGUGGUGGACUCGUAAUCUGGUGAACCGGAUUCGCUUCCCCGCUCCUCCACAUGCAGCUGCUGGGUGACCUUGGGCUAGUCACACUUCUCUGAAGUCUCUCAGCCUCACUCACCUCACAGAGUUUUGUUGUGGGGGAGGAAGGGAAAGAAUAUUGUUAGUCGCUUUGAGACCCCUUAAGGGGAGUGAAAGGCGUGAUAUCAAGUCCAAACUCCUCCUCCUCCUCCUCCUCCUCCUCCUCCUCCUCUUCCCAUUAUAGAAUGUGCAUGCCCAGAUACAAUAAGAGAGACUCUGAAUACAUUGCUGAUGUGAUUGAGGCAUCCUGUGAUUCUCAACUAACUCAACUGAUCUGGCGGGAUGCAUCUUUGAAUGCAAAGGGUAACGUGUAAUUGCAGACUCUCCAAGUGUCCCCAUUUUCCAGGGGCAGUCUCAGAUUUAUAGAAGCUGUACCAGUUUCUGAUUUGAUCCCAGAAUGUCAUGUUUGUCCUUAGGACAUUCCUAUUUUCAUUGGAGAAAAUGUUGGAGGGCAUGGAGUAAUCUAAUCCCUGAGCCAUCUGAAGGCAGCCCUGUAGAGGGCAGCUUUUUAAAUUUAAUGUUUCAUUAUGUUUUGAUGUAUGUUGGAAGCCACCCAGAGUGGCUGGGGUAACCCAGUAAGAUGCCUGGGAUAUAAAUAGUAUUAUUAUUAUUAUUAUUUUAUGAUUUUAUUUAUUUAUUAUUAUGGAUGAAUAGGGUGUCCCUAUUUUCAUCAGAGGAAUGUUGGAGGGUAUGUAAUUGCAUUCAGAACCAACAAUUUUUUAUGUGUAAACCCAGCCACAUCAGAACCAUUGUUUCUUUUCUGGUCCUGUUUCCCUUCUUGGUAAACAGCUGCUUUCCCGUGUGUUUCUGGUGGUAUUCUUCUGAAUAUUUAAAAAAGGUAGCCUCUUUCAGGAACCAAGUUGCAUAUUUCCAGAGAGGAGAUGUAUUUUAAUUAUUCUAAUGAAAGGUUUAACUAGCAGGCAAACCCUUGAAAAGGAGUUAAUGUGGCGGAAAACCCUUUCCCUAAGCAAAUGACUUUUCAUUGCUUAACAAUACUUUUUUUAAAAGAAAGAAAGAAAAAGAAAUUACUGCAUUGAAAGCUUUAUGGAGCAUACCAUUUUUUAUCACCUUGACAUAAGGGUCAUGUUCUAUAACCAGUAAAUAUUUGUAGUGAGAUAAUUCAAACUGGCUGGGAUUGUAGAAUGAAUUUUCAGAAGAUGCAAUUAUAACGAGCCUGUCACCAAAGCCUGAAGGCAUUCAUAGAAAGUGCAAAAUCAACCAUAUAUCAAAAUGGAAGACUGUGAUCACUCCUGGGUUGAGUAAGAAGCCAAUCAACACAUUUAUUGUUAGAUAACAAAAUCAGUGUCCAUUUGUGUAAUCAGGUUAAUUAGUGUUCUGUAGGAAAGAAGAAAUGGUGAAAUUAGCAUUUUUAAUGUGCAGUCAGAGAAAUACAAAGGAAUGGUGGGGUCUUAAUUACACAUUCUUUUAAAAGCAUGGCUGCUAGAGCUGUUCAAAAUGUAUAUAUAAAUAUUAGCAGCAUUGUGAAAAACACUAUUCUUAAACUCUGCUAUUUGGUGGCAAAUGUGACAUUUGCAAAUUAAAUAGUAUUAGACAGAAUCUGCGAAAUCUCAGGACUGCAAGUGUGAUAGAUGCUGAAUUCUGACCACAGAGGGGUAUUCUUCACAGGAUACACAAUAUUAUAUUUUGAUAUUAUCCAGUAUUUCUACAAAGUACAGUUUUGGCUGACCCAUAAGAGAUUGUGAAAAGGGAAAAAUUUGCUGAUGAAGAGGUUAAAGAUUCUAGAAGAAUAAAUUCAUGUGUUCACAGAUUUUUAGAUUGGGGGUGGGGAGAGUGACUACGGGUGGAGUUCAAUGUCACACCAAGACGAUUGUUCCAUUAGCUAUAUUCUUUCUCCACUAGGGUUUUUGUGACUCUUGGUAGGAAACAGAAUGGCCAUUUCAAAGUGGAGGGCUGGUAGCUUUUUCAAACUUCCCAAGGAGCCUAUUUCUCAGGCCCUUCAGCGACACAGACACCUUCUCUCUGAACCAGUGUUAGUAGAUUAUACAAAUCCAUGAAAGUUGGUGAGAGAUAUGUUUAUAAAUUACAGUUAGUCACAAUAUCUAUAUGGAAGUCCCAGAUUAACAAAGGAAAUGUACCACAUAAUGUCAAAUUUAGAAGGACAAGGAAGAUUAAUUGCCUUCAUGCUCUGCUUAUGGCUUCUUGGAAGCAACUGACUGUGCAACAUCAGAAGGAGGAUGUUUGGACUUCUGAUCUGAUCCAGAAGGGCUCUUCUUAUGUUUUUAUGUGUUUAGGAUUGUAGUUGUGAAGGCAAAAGACAGAAAAUCCAAAGUCGGAAAAUGCAAUGCAUGACAUGGAAGAAUUAAAAAAAAAACACCCCUGACUAUACACAAUGUUAAGCUGUAAUAAAUCAACAGUUAUCAUUCAGGCGAAAGAUACUGGGGACAUUAUAGCUAGCUCAAUGAGAAGAAAAAAUAAACCGAGUCUGCUGCAGCUGUCAGAAAGGAAAACUGAAUGCUCCAGAUCUAUUAAGAAUGGGUUAGAAAAUAAUACAGAAACAUGGUCUACAUAUAAAUUGAUGGUGCCCCUCUUUUCACAGUCUGAAAAAAAAAAAACUUUAAAGCUUUAAAGAGUCACACAUGGAGAAUAAAUUGAAGCCAUGAAAGUUCUCAAAUUUCCGUUUAAUAAUUCAUCAAAGCAUUUCCCUUUAAUAUCUAUCGUCUUAUGAAUGGACAAUAGAUGGAAUUCAACAGAGAUUGUUCCAUCAGUGCAAUCAUUUCUGCUUGCAUGAUGGAACAAAUGCACUGUUGGGCCAAUCUGUCCUCCUCUCAGUGUUCUGGGGGUUUCCCUACAUACCCACCCCAGCCAAUUGGGAGGAGCAUGCAAAGCAGGAGGAGGGAAGCCUUGUUGCACUAGCAGAAUGCCUUGUAUGGGCUUCCAGUAGCAGAACCUGUUACAGUGGUACCUCUGGUUACGAACACUUCUGGUUAUGAACUCCACUAACCCGGAAGUAGCCGUUCCUGGUUGCAAACUUUGCACCAGGAUGCGAAUGGAAAUCGUGUGGCGGAGGCGUGUGCACAGCGGGAGGCCCCAUUAGUGAAAGCGCGCCUCAGGAUAAGAACGAUUUCAGCUUAAGAACGGACCUCCGGAAUGAAUUAAGUUCAUAACCAGAGGUACCACUGUAGCUGAAUCCGGGCAAGUUAUUCAGUACCAAACUGCAGAUUUGACUUUCUUCUUCUUCUGAAGAUAGAUGAUAGGUAGGUAGAUAGGUAGAUAAAGCUUCCACAAUUCAAAGGCAAUGUGUGUAUGUGUAAAAGAGAGAAUCUGUCAUUGAGUGUGUGCCUCUAUGGAAUGUACAGCUUUUUAUCAUCCUGGACCCACCUUUAAGGAAAGAAGUGUCAUCUUCCUUGGGAAACAAAAAAGGAGGCUAGUAAAGGGACCCCUGACCGUUAGGUCCGGUCGUGACCGACUCUGGGGUUGCGGCGCUCAUCCCCCUUUAUUGGCUGAGGGAGCCAACGCACAGCUUCCGGGUCAUGUGGCCAGCAUGACUAAGCCGCUUCCAGCGAACCAGAGCAGCGCACGGAAACGCCAUUUACCUUCCCGUCGGAGCGGUACCUAUUUAUCUACUUGCACUUUAACCUUCUUUCGAACUGCUAGGCUGGCAGGAGCAGGGACCGAGCAACGGGAGCUCACCCCUUCGCAGGGAUUCGAACCACUGACCUUCUGAUCGGCAAGUCCUAGGCUCUGUGGUUUAACCCACAGCGCCACCUGCGUCCCUCUAAAAAAAGGAGGCUAGAGGGGUCUUAAAGCAGGAGUGGGGAAUCUCAGGCCUGGGAGCUUCUCCAGACCUCUCUGCCUUGCCCAUGAGACUUCCCAAGCCCCCCUUCCCAGCCCCGUUCCAUACCUUCCCCAGAUGUUUCCUUGCACUGUGAGAAUGGAGGUGUGUGCCUUCUAAACCUCAUGGCUGGAAUGUAGCCUGCUGUGCAAGUUUCACAUCCACUAUUGUGCCCACUUUUGCCUCGAGACAGCCCACCACUGCGAGUUUUCCCAUCAGGGUUCCUCACCCCUGCAUUAAAGGCUAACAAAUUUAUUAUGGUUUCUGGUGGAGUGGAAUCUAUUCCGUUAAAGCUUGUGCCAUAAUGAAUUUGCUCUGGGUUUAAAAUUCCUUUAAAACUUAAAAAAACAACCUACUCCUCCUUUUGUCCACAGUGGACUAACACACUUACCUGUCUAGGCAUUGUGAUCUUCUGUGUUGUUAUAUUGUCUGCCCACUGAGGCGGUAUUCUGCAUUCGGAUUUUCUCCCUUAAUCCAUCCAAAUAAGAUUAGGAAUGGAGAAGAGACUUUGGAUAAGUUCUCGGUGUUCUGUCCCUUUGUUCUUGCAGUACGUGUUGCAUUGGAUAAAGAUUGCUUAGUCUGUUCUUGUAUAAUUGGCAAGACCUUAAAAGUAGGAGUGGCUCUGCCCUGUCGAUUCCAGGGGUAGAAAUUGCAAGGCCUGAAUGCCUUCCUGUCCAUGAGCAAAUCAAAAUUUCAUCAGGUAAGAAGAAUUUUUCCCCUUUUCCAAAAUUGUAAGAGAAUAAUCAGUAUUUCUGUACUACUUGCACAGUGAUCCAAAUCUAGAUAGUUUAGAUCAUGGUGGGGAAACCAUUCUAAGCCUGAGAGCUGCAUUCCAGAGUUUGUGUGGCGCAGUGGUUAGAGUGUUGGACUGGGACCCAGGAGACCAGGGUUUGAAUCCCCACUCUGCCAUGAAGCUCACCCUCAGCCUAAACUACCUCAAAGGGUUGCUGUGAGAAUAAAAUGGGGAAAGAGGAGAUCUAUGCUGACACCUUGAAUCAUUUGGAGGAAUAGUGGUAUAGAAAUGUAAUAAAACAAACAAAUUUCCCCAUGGGCCAGCUUCCAAGGAGCACCUGCCAUGGGUGGGUAGAUCCAGGGGCGAAAGUGGAUGGGGCAAAAGAUGUGACUCUUACUCUAGAAAAGAAGGCUACAUUCUGGCCACAGAAAGGUUAGAGGUUUCUACACAUAUACACGUCUCCCUGUCUUAUCCUGUCUCCAUCCAGACAAGCAUGAGGCAUUAUCACAGGUAAAGGGUGUGGCUUGGAGUUUUCUGCAGGUCCUGAAGGGUUACAUUUGGCACCUGGGAGUGAGGUUCUCCCUCCCCUUGCUAGAUAUCAGCCAGUAUAACUCUUCAAGAGGGAAACUCAUUAAAUUCUGUGGCUGUUUUGUGCUCUUAGAUGCUUUAGUAGAUGGACUAGGCAGUUAUUUUGGUAUUUUAAUUCAGCAUUAAAAAAGCUUGUUACUUUCAGCUUUGCAGCAGAGCAUAUUCCUGUUGAAUUUCAUGCAAUUCACUUUAAUGUGUAUGAAAACCAUUCUUCCUCUACAUAAAGCUUAAAAAUUUACAGCCCAUAGGGCAGCAGGCCGUCAAUAUAGAACAGAACAGUGGUAUUCAAGAUUAUUAAUUUUUUUUGCAGUGGUGGAAUACUUCACUUUAAACAAAACUUGGGUGGAAGUUUUGCAGUAAAAUCUUUUUCAUCAUUUUUUUUUUUAAGAGGAGGGUGUGCAAGAGUUAUUGGAAAAGCAAGCAAGGGGAAGCCAGUCAGAGCAGCAACUACAGUGGUACCUCGGGUUAAGAACUUAAUUCGUUCUGGAGGUCCGUUCUUAACCUGAAACUGUUCUUAACCUGAAGCACCACUUUAGCUAAUGGGGACUCCCACUGCUGGAGCGCUGCCGCUGCACGACUUCUGUUCUCAUCCUGAAGCAAAGUUCUUAACCCGAGGUACUAUUUUUGGGUUAGCGGAGUCUGUAACCUGAAGUGUCUGUAACCUGAAGCGUCUGUAACCCGAGGUACCACUGUAUUCUGCUGCCUCGCUCCUCCCCCUUUUGUUAACUGGCAGUGAUGAAUGGCAUUGAGAAGCCUGGUAAGCAACGCUAGAUUACUAGGACAAUUCCUUGAGUAGUGCAUUUAAUACCCAUGACUGCAGUUCAAUUGAAAUCACAUAUUGUGUGUGUUUGUUCACAUUUACACCUUUAUUAUUUAUGGAACCCUUUAGGCAGCUUAGCACAAUCUCAAGGUCCCACAGGACACAGUUUGGGAAAUGUUGCCUAUUCACAAAACAAUCUUCCUUCAAUUAAUAGUUGGUUAGACAGAUGCGGGUGGCACCGUGGGUUAAACCACAGAGCCUAAGACUUGCUGAUCAGAAGGUCGGCGGUUCGAAUCCCCACAACGGGGUGAGCUCCCGUUGCUCGAUCCCUGCUCCUGCCAACCUAGCAGUUCGAAAGCACAUCAAAGUGCAAGUAGGUAAAUAGGUACCACUCCGGUGGGAAGGUAAACGGUGUUUCCAUGCGCAGCUCUUGUUCAUGACCUGGAAGCUGUAUGCCGGCUCCCUCGGCCAAUAAAGUGAUAUGAGCGCUGCAACCCCAGUCAGUCACGACUGGACCUAAUGGUCAGGGGUCCCUUUACCUUUACCUUAGACCGAACUAAGUUGACUUCCUCGGAUGUUCCCAAUCCUAACAAGUCACUGUAUACAUGAAGAUAGUCUAUUUUAGCCUUUGCCCUUUUAAAUUGUAUUUUGAAUAUUCAGAGCCUAGUACUUUUGAAUAAAAGUUCACACGAUUUCUUCAGAAAAUAAGUCUAUAACAGAGCAUAGCUGUUAGAAAUUGUAAUCAGCAAUGCAACUGUUAAAAGACAAAACUGACACAGGAAGUUACACUAUGCCAGUGAACAAUAAACAGCUGUUUAUUUCUGCAUAACUUCAGUCACAGACAUGCAAGUUUUAAAUGCAAGCUGGAUGCAAGAUACCUAUGUAUUUUACUUUGCUUAAGCCUGUCAUUCCCCCCCUUUACUCCCUAUCUCCAACUGGGCUAUUACUGGUGCAUGUGUCUUUAUUUUAUUAAAUAUCUGUAUGCCCCCUUUUGUGCUGAAUUACACUAAGGGAAGCCUACAGGAGAGAGAAAACAACUUAUAUAUAACACAUGUUAAAUGCACAAAAUGAACACACUUGUUAAACAAAAGUCAGCAGUGGGAACCAAGGGAUUAAUAGUCUCAAAUACAGACACUCAGAAUAUACCAAACACCCUCUGAAAUAAAACAGCUUACUGCUGGAAAACUGUAAGGGUCAGAACACACAACACAGAAAAUACCUCUCCAAAGUAAUUCCUACCAGGCCUCAAACAAUGAAGGGACCUAAAAUCAAGUUAAGCAAUUGUUUGAUUUAUAUGAACCACUGCAGUGCCCCUUAACCCAGGCCACUGAGGAUAGGGCUAUCAUGAACAUUCACAUAGCAGUGCUCAUAAAAGUGAGAAUUGCUCCUUGAAUGCUCACAAGUAGCAUCAAAGUGAGCAGGGGCCCCUGAUGGAAAUACCUAUAGUGUCAGUUUCCCCACUGAAUAUUUUGGAUUGCCAGCCCUAGUCCUCAAUGCGAAUAGCUACUCUAGGGAAUACCUAUUACCUUGCCUUGUCCUGCCUCAAGGUAAGCUUCUGGGCCUUUGGAACAUGGGAAUGGGAAACGGCAGUGGGCCCUUUGUGGGUGCUCAGUGUGAGCAUUGGUUAAUGAUUGGAUUUAAUUGCUGCAAAGCUCUCAUCCCUGGAAUGAUCUCAGAGGGUCAGAAGCUUUUGGGCCAACGCCUAAAGUUUGAGACUUUACAGGUCAAAACCUGCACUUUAGUUGGACCUGGAAACCAAUUGGAAGCCAGUGGAAGUGGUCAGAAUUGGUAGUAUUUCCUCUCUAUUGCCCACUUCCGGCAAGAGCCUCUUGGCUACAUUCUAUGUCAUUUGUAGUUUCUGAAAGCUACAUUUGUUGUUUUAAAGUCUCCUUGCAGAAUGUGUUAUUGUAAUGGAGUCUGGAUGUGACCAGAGCAUGAAUUACCAUGGGAAGGUUAUGUAGGAGUAUACAGGUGAGAGAUAGUUGGUUGUUUUUUUCUAAAACAUAUCAGCAUUUCUUUUUCCAAAAAUGUUGCUCUGUUUAUUUUCUUUUUUUGGAAUGUAGUCUUUGGUGGCUGAUUCAAGAUAAAAAUGGAUACAUUGUUGAUGAGUAGGCAAAGAUCUAGUAGGAAUUAGUUUCGACAAAAAAAACAACUUAUUGUGUGUCUAUUCUUACGAGUCAAGUCUGGUAGCAGUUACAUUUUCCUUAACCUGACUAGCAUUUCAUCUUGCCUUUUCAAGUAUUGUGAUAAAGUAGUUAGCUUACCUUUCUACCUUUUGGUUGGCAAUCCAUCAGAGUAACAUAUAAAUGUGUAAAGGUAUGAUGGGCACAUUUCAUUUGGAAUCUCAGGUCACAAAUGGCACAAAUAUUCCAAUCCACUGUCAUACCUCCCUUAGGAGUGUAUAAAUUUUUAUUUGUGAAUGCAAACAGACCUGGAUCUGUUAAGAAUGCUGAGACUAUAAAGAUAUUCUGCCAGCAUGUAAAUGGAUUAAUUCACCACAAGACUUUAGUUUUGUUUUAAAUUUUUUUACAGAAAAGCCAUUGAAUGUUUUCAUACAGAAAUAUUUAUUGAAUUGUAAUGUAUGAACACAUAUGAGUAGCAGUGUUUUACAUUUUCAAAAUUUUUAGCAUUUUAAGAAAUACUUAGAAGACAAGCAAGUGCUUUGCCAAAACAGGAAGAGAUGAGGCUUGCUUUCUGCUCAGUGAAGCAAUGCCACUGAUUCCUGCUAAUUUUAACCAUGGAACAUUGAUUUUAUAAACAGUUUCAUACAUAUAUGUCUUUCAUACACUAAGUGAUGUGUCACCAUGCUGACUUCAGCUCUUUUCCUGUUAAGAACUGUAAGGGGCACGUGAGAUUAAUAUAUGGAGACACACUAGCUGUGUGUCUAAUGACACAUAGAUAAUUCACUGCCACAGGAAAUCACGGGAGCUAAUUUUCAUAAUGUAGUAAGAGCCUUCUGUCAGGCACAGAAUGUACUUAGUACCUUCCAGGACCAAGCUUUUAAUGCUUAAUAUGGAAUAGCAGCUUUCCAUUUGGCUGCAUAUCCCCAGGAAAGCAAAAAACAAACCAUGCAACUAGUUAACUAGGGAUGUCAGAGAAUUCUGAAGGAAAUGGGAGCAGAAGUUGCCAAUGUUUGCUUAUUCAUCCGAUGUCUGGAAUAGAACUCGAGCCAGUGAAUAUGAUCAGUAUUCCCUCUUGGUCUGCAAAUAUGUACAUGUGCAUGACUCCCCCCCACCCCCCGGGUUGCAUUGCUCUUUCUUUGCACUGAAAUGAACGGUGGGGAGUAACAUAACGAUAACACAUUUGAUUGCAUAAAAUGUGGGCAGCAAGAACCGUGUCAGAACCUGAACUGUAGAACGGAGGUGGAACAGAAACAGUGUUGCAUGCGAUAAGCAUGGGGUUGGAACAGAAACAGAUCCUUUCUUGCAUAUCCACUAGGAACUCAUGAACUUACAUGCCCAUAAAGCAAAACUGUAGGCUAGUCCCACCAGAUCAACUUUUUUGGGAGCUCUUUUGUGGCCCUUCAGAUGUCAAGGAGGGGUGCUUGCUUGGACUACAAACUAGGCCUUUGAGGAAGGGCCAUAGCUCAGUGGGUAGGGUAUCUACUUUGCACGCAGAAAGUCCCAGGCUCAGCCCCAGGGGGAGGAUUAUGGAUGGGAGAGAUCCCUUUCUAAAAUCCCGGAAAGCUACUCACUAUCAUUCAGUGUAGACAGACCAAUGGUCUGACUCAAUCAAUAAAAGGCAGCUUCCUCUGUUCCUAUUAAGUAUGGAGAUCUGGUGGGAAUACUCUUCUCACCUUAAUUUUAGACCUUUGUUUGAAGGGCUCUGUCUCUUCUCUCUCAUCUGCCAAACUAGACAACUCUCUCUUUCAGAUUUCCCUCUACCUUGAGCUGUGUUUACUUCUUGUAAAAACAGUAACACUAUUUCUGUUCACCAAUAUGUCGGGAUGAUAUUUUGUACUGUAAGAUAUGUAGGGUGUGUGAAGAUCUGGGCUAGUCCAAGAAGGCACAGUUAGAUACUUUCAAGAGGCUUGUUGAUUUCAUUGGACUUCAGCAUGCCUAAUUCAACUGGAUUAUCGUUUACAUUUACAACCAGUAGAAGGGAUGUAAAUGUUGGGAGGCUUGAUCUUGCUGAAUUAUCAAUGGCAUGUUUUAAGAAAUAUCCUUUAAAUCAAAGACUAGCUAAAUAGUUCAGUUGGUAGAGAGCACGAGACUCAUAAUCUCAGGGUUGUGAACUCAAGUACUACGUUGGGCAAAAGAUCCUUGCAUUGCAGGGGUUGGACUAGAUGAUCCUUGUGGCCCCUUUCAACUCUGUGAUUCUAUGAAAUUCCUCUUUUAGGAAAGCUGCAGAAGACCGUUUGGCAAGAACUCAAAUUCUACUUACCAUUUGUUAAGAACUCAAUUUUUGGAGUGGCAGUCUAGGUUGGCUUUGAAGAGGCUUGGUUGAAACUGCAUACACACUUCCAAGAAAACCAAAUGUAAUGGUGAAGUUGAUGCAAGUCAAAAGUUAAGCCUUUUAAAGCCUCUAUGAAUAAAAUGCCAGAGGUUUAAGCAUGUGUUUAAAUAUCUCUCAUUGAAAUCAUUAGAAGUUACAGUAAAAUUAUAUGCAUGUGUAUCCAAAUGUAAGUGCUAAUGAGUUUAGUGAAGCUUACUCCUAGUUAAGUGUGUAUAGUAUUUUAGCUUUAAAAGCAGUUGAAUCUGACCUUAAUCAACUGAUACAGAAAACAAAAUGUCCCACUGGACCUAUAGAUAAUGGGUUGAUUUUAAUACUCCUGAUUUAGAAAAGGGAAACUUUAUCUAAACACUUCUAGCUUAUUGCAAAAGAAUUGUACAAUUAUGGCCAUGAUCUAGCCCACCAAAAUAGCCAGGUGGUACAAUAAAAAACAGAGCUAAAUCUAGGACAGUAUUAGAAACACAGUGGCAUUCUUAACUACAGUGCAAGGACUACUCUUCCCUGAAGGAUUAAAUACUUGCUACAUAUUCUCAUGUCCUGCAGUAAAAUGUAACAUCACAGUUGACAAGUUAUUGCUAUUUUAUUGGCACCACUUACUCUAAGGCAAUUGGACAUAAUAACUCAGAAUACUUUAUAUGCUUUUUGACAUUUCUUCUGUCCCUGCUGCUGUAGAUGAGACUAACCGAUACUUCAGAGCUUUGGGAACUCAUUUAACAUUGGAAGAAAAUACGUGAAUGCAUUCCAUUUUUGUAUACCAGCUUCCAGAUGCAGUUAUAUACAGAAAAACUGCCUAAUGAAUCACCUAGCUCCUGACUUGAGUCACAAUAUGUCAUAACCCAGGGCUGUGCUUUCACAUGUUAUGUAUUUCCUUAAGCACACACUCUCUCUCUCUCUCACUCUCUCUCUCUCUCACACACACACACACACACACACAGAGAGAGAGAGAGAGAGAGAGCGACCUACCUUAUUUGCUCUUUGUUUCUAAGGGAGGAAUUCAAUGUUCUAUGUCAAACAUUCAAUCAGCACAAGCAUUUCAGCUUGCCAAAUGAAAUGGUCCAGCUCUCUUGACAGACACCCCCUCUGAGCUAGUUGUGUAGGAGGGAAGCCCUGUUGCACAAGCAGAAGUCCUUGUGUGGACUUCGCUUUUGCUGAUGGGACUCCUUAGGUUAAUCCCAAUCCUUUAUUUUUAAGUUCGGGAUCACAGGGAAUGUGAUGAAACUGCAAUUAUACAUAGCCUGUAUUAUAGCAUCACAGAUGCAAACAAAGCUAGCUCAGAGUGAGGGCACUGCACUAGUUGCCUGAAAUGCUGCUGAAAGAUGUAGGCACUGUUUUUGUAUGUGAAGAAUGCUCCCCUUUUAGGUCAGCCAUUCCUAAUAGAUCCUUCCUCCUUUUUUCUGGAAAAAAAUCAAAAGAAGGAAGUUCUACGAUUACUAAAAUGUUCCUUCAUAGUGAGUUGAGUCCUAUGAUUUAAUCUUAAUUUGCACCGUGUAAUUUAAGAUGAUUGCCGAUUAUCUGCUCAGUAGGGAAGUAGCUUUGCACAUUUUUAAAAAUAUUGACAUUUACACCCGUUUUCUGAUCUUUUUGUUCCUGAAGUGCAUUUUCCCACUACAUUCUCCAGAUCAGACAGUAGGAAAUUAUUGCGUUCACCAUACUGAACAUUGGACAAACUGGUUAUUCUUCUCAAAUUCUAACUGGAGGUGCUGGUUGUCAUUAUGGGCAUGAUGAUUAGGUAAGGAUUAGCUGGAAACUAAGGCUUCUACCUCAAUAUCCACUAUUAUACUGAUAAGUGGAAGGUCUCCUGUCAAACAAGAUGACGGGGGGGGGGGAGAUGCUCAAACUUGAACCUGCAGAAAACACUGUCAAUCACAGACCCUGAACACUGCACUACUAAAUGUGGAAUAUUGCACAUAAAAACACCCAUGGCCAUGUUUGACCACCCUGGAUUUUUCAAAAUAUCAGAACUGUGUGUGUGUGUGUGUGGCUGUAGGAGGAAAACCGGUAUGGUGAGGGAAAUAAACUGGAUUAGUGAUAGAACAAUGAUUUCUUGUAACCCCCCAGAAAACAACAACUUCAAGCAGUAAGGAUAGCAAUAUAAAAGCUAUAUCUGUCAAGCUAUGUGUCUACUCAAGAAGAAGAGAAGGGCUCACUCUGCAUAAUUAUAUUGGAAGCCUACCAUUUGUAUUCAGUCAUUUCUCUUUCUCAAGCGUCCUCUCAUUUUCUUUACCUCUCGGAGGAUUUGGGUGUUGAAGGAAAGUUCUCUUUCUGCACAUAACUGUGGCAUUAUGGGAAGUCCUGCUUCUUUUCUCUGGCAUUCUGGGAAGUCUCGCUUCUAAGCUUUUCUCUGCUUCUGUACGUACUGUACAACCUGUUCUAAAUACCAAGACAUUCCCUCAUUUCUUUAGGAUGCUCAGUUCAUCUUAAGUUCAUGAAAACAUUACACUCUGACCUGUUCUUAAUGCAUAGCUGACCACAUCUACGGAACUCGAUUAUUAUAUUCUUUCAUGUUAUGAUCAAUCAUUAGUAAUUGUUUUAGUCAUGCUAUAUCAAUCAUUAGUUAUAAUUUAAUUAGGAGGUUUCAUGCCUGUCUAGUUCUGUGCUCCCUUUCCCAGCCUUUAAUCUAUUGGUGAUUAAUGCCUAUAUGUAACCCUCGCCUUGUACUUGUGUUAACCAAUCAGCAACAAGUUGCUUUGUGUUUUUAUCAACCAAUCAGCAACUAGCGCACCUGUGGCAAUGUUGUAAUAUUCAAUAAAAGAGUCUUCUCGGGGCUUGCUCCAGAGAUGCCUCUCACAUGACACCUGCUACUCGUCUGUCGUUAUUUCAACCCAACAGGGUGUAUAUUGUACUAAGACAUUUCUUUCCCCGCAGCCUUUGAAAAUGCACUGUGCAAGCUGUGCCCUAGUAACAAGUUCUGGACACCUCUUGCGAAGCCAGCAAGGGAAGAAGAUUGACCAAACAGAGUGUGUAAUACGAAUGAACGAUGCGCCCACACGGGGAUUUGUAAAAGAUGUUGGAAACAAGACAAGUCUGCGAGUCAUCGCUCACUCCAGUAUGCAGAGAAUUUUGCGAAAUCGCCAUGAACUGUUAAAUAUGAGCCAAGGGACUGUAUUUAUCUUCUGGGGUCCAGGCAGCAACAUGAGGAGAGAUGGAAAAGGAUUAAUUUAUAACAAUCUGCAACUGAUGAAUCAGAUACUACCUCAGUUAAAAGUAUACAUGAUAUCCCGGCACAAGAUGCUUCAAAUUGAUGAUCUCUUCAAGCGGGAAACUGGAAAAGACAGGUAAGAAAGAAGCAACUGCAUGAGAAUAUAUUGGAGAGCCACUGUCAUUGUUUUAGUAGAAUGUCAGGUCUGUUGAUCAUAAGUUCAUCAGUGGGAUCACACUACACAAUGUGCUUGCCUUCCCUUAGCUUCCAAUAACCUGUUGCAUUAUUUCAUUUUAUGCAUCAAAUAAUAAUGCUUGGCUUUUGCAGCAUAAGCAACAAACAUGCAAUCAAAUAAUUUAUUUGCCCAUCAGUUUUUAAUACUGAAAACCAGUGUGUGCCAAAUACUGUCAGCAAACAGAACUGCAGAGUAGCACAGAAAGAACAUCGAUGCUGAAUUUAAAUCUCACUUUAGGUAAUAUACCUGAAAGCAGAUUUUUACUGGUUUUGAAAAAUCAGAAUUGAUGGGUUUUGCUUUAUGGAGCCUAUGCUGCCAUUCUGUGAAUUAUAAUGGCUACUUAUUGAAUAUAAGCAUUCUUGGAACAUUGCAGCUGUAAAGCUUCUUGUAAAACAAAUACACAUUAUUCAUACAUUAGGUGCCUCUAAAGUGUGCCUUCUUAUACUUCCAUCUUUGAAAGGCCAAGUUAUUAUGAUACUUAGCUCUUUAUGAGCCUAUUUAUGGCUUGCAAACAGAUCUUCAAAUCAUUUUUUUAAAAAAAUAAUAGGUGACUAAUAUGUUUCUCUAGAUAGGGCUGGAAAUGAUAUCACCCCUCCUUCAAAAGAUGCAUUUAUUUUUAUUAGUUAUUUACUCAUUACAUAGUAAAAACAUAAUGACAGCAUAAGCACCACUUAAUGCAUUUAUGUAUAAAUUAAGAGCUCACUUUAGAAAGAAGUAAAUCUAUCUAAUAAAGUUAUCUGCACUUUCCAUUUCAAAAUACCGUUAUCCGCAAUGGAAGUCUUUUGAGGCACACUGCUAAGGGAAAAUAUGAUUUUCAUAUCCCAAGCUGCUGUAUGCUUGGAAAAGUUCUUCAUUUUAAAAGUGAACACACCUUCCUAUCCUUUUGAAAAUCCUGGACCUUCAAGUUUUGCUGUUCUGAGUAGCUUUUAUGUGAAUGAGGUUGUUGGCCUGUCAUGUAAAUGUUGUUGCUCUGAAUCUGUGGUAUUAUGUUGGACGGUUUAAUGACUUUAUAUCUUCUGCUUUAAAUUGUUUUUAAUAUUUUUUUAAAAGUGUGAAUCACCUUGGGAGGGUCUGAAUUUUGUAGAUCACAAAGUAGGGUAUGCUAGUGAGCACCAUAAGUUAGAUCUGUGGAAACAAAGAGACCACCUGAGAAAAAUGUGUCUAGGAGUAAGUUAGCGGCACUGUAGCUCUAGGCUCUCUCUCCCAAUUCUUACUGGAUAUUGCAUUAUAUAAUAGAAUAAUAGAUUUGUACAGUAGGAAGGGGCUCCAAGGCUCAUCCUGCAAUGGAAGAAUCUCAGCUUGAAUCGGAUGGCCAUCCAAACUCAGAUUAAAAACCUCAAACAGUCAGUUCUUCUGUCAAACAGCUGUUACUGUCAGAAAGUUCUUCCUGAUGUUUGGUUAGAAUCUAUUUUCUUGUAACUUGAAGCCACUGGCCUCUGGAGCAGGAAAAAAACAAGCUUCCUCCAUCUUCCAUGUGACAGCCCUUUAGAUAUUUGAAGAUGGCUAUCAUAUCUCCUCUCUGUCUCCACAUACCCAACUCCCUCAACUUAUUCCUCAUAAGGCUUGGCUUCCAGAUCCUUUAUUGCCUGGGUCACCCUCUUCUGCACACAUUCCAGCUUGUCCUCCUUAAACUAUGGUGCUCAGAACUGAACACAGUUUUCAGAUGUGUUCUGACCAAGGCAGAACUUCCACUAUACUUCUGUUGAUGCUGCCUAGAAUAGCAUUAGCUAGCUUUUUGCUGCUGCUGCAUCACAUUCCUUAAGCUUGUGGACUGCUUGGUCCUUUUCACAUGUUCUACUGGCAAGCCAGGUGUCCCCCAUCUUAUAUCUGUGCAGCUGGUUAUUCCUGUCUAAGUGUUGGCCAGGAGGCAAACGUUAGUGUUUGACCUCAGGUGGAUAGGUGAACGCCUUCAAUAUUGUACCCAAAAAGCCCAUAUCAGAGCAAACUAGCAUAUUCAAAGUCAGCCUAAAACAUGCUGCACAGAAGGUUUUAUUUCCAACCUUGGAUCAGCUUCCUGACCAUUAGUACCUCUGUCUUGCCUGGAUUGAGCCUCAGCUUUUAGUCUACAUCCAGUCUAACACUGUGUUCAGGCAAUGGCUCCCUUGGUUUCAGUUGAAAAUGAGAGAUAAAGCAGGGCAACACAUGUUGUUGCUCUGAAUCUGUGGUAUUAUGUUGGACGUGCCAUAUUAAUGGCACGCAACCCCAAAUGACCCCAGCUAGGGGCUUCACGUAGAUUUUAAAAGUGCAAGGGGUAAAACUGAGCCCCGAAGGAUCUCACAGAACAAGGAGCUAAAGCAAUACUCUUCCAGCACCAUGUUCUGGGAAAUUCUGACCAUUUAGGACCAUUGCCCUAUAUUCCCAUACUAGUAUACUGUGAGCAACUAAAUGUUGAAUGCUACCAAGUGGUCCAGCAGAACCAACAGGGAUGCAAUCCCCUUGUACAGCUCCUGGCAUAAGUAAACACCAAGGCUAAUUUUAGUCCCCAAACCACGCCUGAGCCUAGAUGUAGAAGUAUCCAAAAUGUGUUCCUUCAACUAAGAAAGUCUGAAUUUGAGCUGGAGCUGACAUACACAUGACAACACUUAACUAUAUUGAAACUAGGACUCUAGAAUUACUGCCUAAUAAAGAAAGGUUGAGUUAAAAGGAAAUUGGGAAAAGAAAAGCUAUUGUGAGUGACAUACUACCCUAAUUAAUAUAGGUUCAUUUUGGAAAGGUUUUAACAAGCACCAGGUUGCCACAAUAAAUUGUAAAUAUCAGACUGCAUAGGUACAAUAACUGACACCUCAGUUUCUAUAAUAAUCUUUAGAACUGUGAUUGAAAAGACUGAUGCAUUAUGCCCUGUUAAAAACAUUUAGAAAAUAACAGCCAUUAAAUGGGACAGCAAAUGACAGGCUGAAGAACAAUAUACUUUUCUAUUACGAACUAACUGUACUUGAGAAUAAGUUUAUAAUUGAAUAAAAGUCCAUUAAGAAAAUAUGAUUCAGAACCAAUAUUACAGUAAUUAGAUAAAAGAAGCAUAAAUGAAAUAACUGCAGGAAGAGCAUUUCCAUAGAGAUUAUAAAUGAGAUUUUGAUAGAGCAGAAAGGCCUUUAAUUGUAAUUUAGUAUGCUCCACAAGAAUUAUCAGGACAGUGUGUUACUUCAUCACAAAAGAGAGUAUAUGAUUUCCUCAAUAAGCACAUGUCAUGUCUUCAUUUUCUUUCUUUACAACGUAGUAGGUGUAAAAGCAGGAGACAGUCUUUUGUAAGAACCUUUUUUCAGUUCUUUCAGAAAGAAACACAAAGCAGUGUAACCUUUGCUUUGUUUUUUAUGCUAUAAAACCAAUUUUAAAACCAGUCCUUCCAGAUUUACAUUCUUUAUCUUGUUGGACUUUUCACCCAUUAUUUUCCAUUAAGUUUUAUUAAUAAUCAUCACCUGCCCUUCCUUUUAUAAGAGCCCACAGUAGCUAAUACAGUGGUACCUCACAAGACGAAUGCCUCGCAAGACGAAAAAUGCGCAAGACCAAAGAGUUUUUCGUUUUUUGAGUUGCUUCGCAAGACGAAUUUCCCUAUGGGCUUGCUUCGCAAGACGAAAAACAAAAAAAACGAAAACGUCUUGCAAGUUUGUUUCCUUUUUCUUAAAACCGUUAAUAGCCAGGGUGACUUUGAGGAGCAACUCAUAGCACGCGGUGUGGUAGCCUUUUUUGAGGUUUUUGAAGCCUUUGGUGAUUUUGAAGACUUUGGGAAACAGUGCUUCGCAAGACGAAAAAAAUCGCAAGACGAAAAAACUUGUAGAACGAAUUAAUUUCGUCUUGCGAGGCACCACUGUAUUGCUUUUUUCUAGCUAGUGAAAUUAUAAAUUCUGCCUUAAGUAACAAGCAGAAUAGUAUGCUGCUCUUGUUUUCCACUCUGCUCUGCAUACCUCUUUGUAGAUAAUUGCUAUAAUGUAGCAUGGACAAAUAUUUGCACAUCACUUUUCUGAAUCCAGGCCAACAUACAUUUAAAAAGUGUUGUGGGUCAUGGUUCUGGUUUUUGGUUGAAUUAAUCUAGAACAUCACCUUCACCUACAGUAUGUUACCCAAACUAACAUUUUUUCUUUGAAGUGAGGGGGUGAUGUGGUGUAAAUCUUUGCAAAUGUGCAACACCUACCAAUGUACAUGAAGUCUAUAGACCUUCACACGUUAAAAGGUCUUGUUCAGAUCCUUAUCAAUCUAUUUAACACAUUUUCAGUGUUGAGGAAGUGUCUAGUGUUUUGCCUUUCCCCCCCUAUGGUUUAAUAAGGUGUUUCUGUGUUAACCAGAAAUGUGUGGGGAACAGAUGCAUGAGGUCACCUGAGAUAGCAGAUAGAGAUUCACACUCCUUUGUGUAGCACAAAAUAAAGGUCCAGGUGGUUUAAUUCCUGGCAUCUCCAGGUAGGUGUGAAAAGAACUUUUGUUGAAACCCUGGAGAAACACUGACAGUCAGGGUAGACAAUACUCUUCUAGAUGGCCCCAGUGGUGUGACCAGCAGUAUUAUGUAAGGGUGGGUUUGGCAGUGGCACAGUCGUGGCAGCAGCGUUUGCUAUGUUCAUGUUGAUGGAGUCAUUUUUAGAGGAGUCUUGGCUCUGAAAGUGAUAAGAAGAUACAAUCUGGUUUGGUUGGUUGCAUGCUAUAGGGAAUUUGUCAGAGCAAGUUUAGGCUUGUAUCAGGGGUUAAACAAAUAGUCAACAGAUGACAAAUGAAACCUUGCUCUUCAGUAAUGGAGGUAUGUCGGCCCAAUCGUGCAUACAUCUAGAGGAAUAUAUACAAUGUCUAUGACCCAUUAUAUAGUGAUGUGAAGCUGGAAAAUAGUUAUUCUCAGCUGUCUUUGUUGACUAAAAAGCCUGUUUAGCAGUAGUUCUUUAGCUCUUCUGAUUUAAAAAAUAAAUAAAAAAAGAAUAGCUCAUUGAAACCCACCUUUUCAAGUAAGUGCUUCUUCUAACUUGCUCAAAAGGUUGAUGAGGAGCUGUCUUCUUAUGGAGCACUUCACCUUAGCUUUCUUCCUGGUUAGUUUUCCAUAUGCAGGGUUUUAUGAUGAAAGUCACCUCAUGCUACAUUUCAGAAGUAGGGAAUAUAAUAAAUGAUGCCUGUGAGACAGACAGACUACUAACCUGAGCCUACUUCCUUCUGAGGAAGCAAGCCUCUGUCUGGGAUAUACCAAGUUAAAUUGCAGAUAGGGACUAACAUGAUUGCUCUCCCCCCCCCCCCGCCUGUACUCCAAGGUAGUACAUUUGAGUCACAAGCUUAGCACUUCAAUGAUAACUAGAUCCAAGACAACUCAGAGUCCAAGGACUCGCACCCCUAUCGUGUUUUCACACGGAUAUAAAGAGUUCAGAUAUAAUACUGAUUUCUUACUCAUUCUUACAUUUGAAGUAGUACAAAUCAUUUACAUCGGUCCUUGGACUCCUUUCAGUAAGAAAAUUUGGCAUACGUGACUUCCCCUUGAAAACUUCAAUCACUAGUUUAAAAUCCUCUCAGUUUGUAGAUGCUCUGUAAGCUAGGAAAUUAGUCAUUCAAUUAAUAUGCUAUCUGUUCUGGGAAGAAUCUUAUGAAUAAGUGCAUUCUUUUGGAGAGGAAGUGUGAAAGCUUGAUCUUGAUAGGUUAUUACAGCACACCUGAUUCAGUAUUCUGAAAGCAGAGGCACUGAGAUUUCCUGGUGAGAACUGCAGGAUAUUUGGUAGCCGUGAAAACAAAGCCUUAACGUCGUGGAUUAAACAUGUUCAGAAUGCUUAAACGUUUUGGGCUAAAAUAUGGUUUUACCAUCACAGUCUUAAACACAUACACUUGAGAGUUGAUGGGAAUAACAAAUUAAGGAGUAUCUGCACUUAUCACAGGGUAGGAGAAGCCAUCAAAUGCAACAAAGAUUUGCAUUUGUCACAUGCAAGGUGGCACUUUUCCACCAUUUUUGCUUUGAUAAGGUUUAUGUGGAACUGGUAGUCAAAUAUAUUGUAAUCACAGUUCAGCAGCCAAGAAAAUGUUUGCUGCUCAUAAGGUGAUUAGGGAAUCUGACACAGGUGGGACACGUUCUCAAGACCCUGUUACAAAUGGAGCUCAUCAUGGAAGAUGCUUUCCUAAUAUCCUGGGUCAUAAGAUCAGUAUAGCUGUGAUUGCUUGAAGGGUGGUAUGUAGCCAUAUUGCUACAAUGUCAUCCUGUGCUAGUCAAGUAGAGUAGGGCUCCUUAUCUUUUCUAGUACCAUUUGCGGCUGUCAGUUUUAAGUAUCAGUUGCAACAUUGUCCACAUAGUUGCUUCAUUAAUAGCAUUAGUAGCAUGGUGAAUAACAUCAUUGAACAGUAGCAGAAUUGUUUAUUAUGUUACUUAAGCAUAAUGCCUCAAGUUACCUUGAAACAUCACUGCAGUGCAAUGGGAUUGUUAUGUUGCAGGAUUGCACUCUGAGUUAGAUUAACUAGAUGAAGUUAUGAAGAUUUUUCCUUCCUGUUAAUCAGCAGGAAUAAUGCAAAUACAGGGUGUUAAGGUGACUAUUAUUCAACAAGGGUGCUAAGGUAAAUAAUACCUCUCUUUGGAGUAUUAACAUGAAAAAUGCAAUUGCUAAUACAGGACAUAAGUUUAUUGCAUGGUGGGGGAGUAUAUAUAAUGAAUGUUGGCUGCCCAGUGUUUAUAACCUUUUAAUAUAUAAAAACCUGUCGUAUUGUGGACAUCUGUCACAAGUGUUAUUUGUCAGCCUAGGAACUUUAUUGUUUUUGCUUUCAGGAAGAAGUCGAACACUUGGCUGAGCACUGGUUGGUUUACAAUGAGCAUCGCAUUAGAACUAUGUGACAGGAUAGACGUCUAUGGCAUGGUGUCACCAGAUUUCUGCAGGUAAAUUUUAAUCUGGAUUUAUGAUUAGCUUGCAAAAUUCAGUGUUAUGGAUAAAUAUAUGAGUCUAUUUUAUACUAUCCAUAAAACGUGUAUGAUUUUCCUGAGGCCGUUAAUUAGCAGUCCCAUGAUUGGCUUCUGAAAACAACAAACAGCAUUUAAUUACACAGCAUAAAAUAUUAAGUUUUUGUUUGUACUGUGAGAGAGAAUUAAUCCACAUCUUGUUAGUUUCUUUUAGGCUCUGAAUAUUUAUCAGCUAAAUGUAAUGCUGUAACUGGCAUGAAAUUAAUCUUGGGGUGGGGGGAGAGGAGGAAAGCACUGGGAAAUAUUAAUUUAAAAGAUUUUGCAAACAAUAUUUUCUUAGUGGAGAAGCAGAGUGAAUUGUGUGUGUGUGUGCGCACACACGUUUACAAAAAGUGGGAUGUCAGUUGCAUAUGACCUCUUCACUUGGAUUGCUGUGCCCUUUAGAUACUUCAUGUGUCCAGGGAACAAUUCAGGGGUUGGGGAGAUUGAUUCAUGCAGAGAGCAAUUUUGAGAAGUCUACCUCACACCAUUUCUACCCUCAAACCUCUGCGAGUGGAAGAGAUGUGGCUUCUGUCUCAUAUCUGCCAAAUGCAUGAAGGAAUUUGGUGUCAGCCUUAGCAGAUCUUGCUGUAUAAUCAACAUUCAGGAUGCUCUGUUGGGUAGGAAUUAUGUUAAAAUAAAAGUUAAAGAUUUCAUUUACUUCUAUUCCCUACGUCACCCCAAAGGUGACAACAUUAUCACUGUCAUUCUCCACUGACUUAACCUUGAUUGCCAGGGACAGAUUAAAUAAACAUAUCUUAAGAUGCUUCUCAAAGUUUUGGUUAUACUCAGCUCUGGAACUGUCUUCCAGAGGCCUGAAUCACUGAGAAUGCCUCUACCUGCCCUCUUAGCGAAUGAAAUAAAUGAGAAGCUGUUGGGUUGGGAGAGGCAGAGACAAAUAAAAUCCUAAAUCUUUUACUAGUAUGCUUGUCUGUAAUGUAUACUUGUGGUUUAAUGAUAAAGAUUCAGGGUUUAUUUUCUCCACUGAGGCAACAUGAUUGCUUCCUCCCAGAAGUAGUGCAAUAACAUUGUGCAAGUUCUGACAGCUGAAUGGAAGAGACACUUGAGUUGCCUUUUCUUCUCCCCAUCACUGCUGCUGUAAACACUGCUAUAUUUCUGUGCACUAUUGAUGGAAGAUCUGGCUAUUGUAUGAUGCCAUUUUAGGGAACUAGAGUGCAUUUUACAAACAGCCCCUUAUAAACAUCUCCCAGCUGUGAUAUUAAUAAGCACGUUAACUCUGACAAUGCACUGAUUAAUGUCCAGUAUCACAGAGCAGUAAAACAGCAUCUGCUAUAAUAUAUUAAUAAAUGAGGAUGACUAUCAACUUCCUCAUAUAAAUUGCUCAUGCAUUUCAUUUGCUAGCAUGAAAAUUUAAUUGCAAAGUGUGGGAGUUAGAACAUCGUUCUUAAUCUGGGUUAUUCACACUGGAGAGAUAAAAUCAUUAAAAGUUAUCCAAACUCAGUUUGAAGGUGUUUGGGACUGGAGUAAUAAUCAUCUGGCCCAAGAGACAUUAGAGAACCCAGUCUACAUAAUGUUCUGUAUUUUCAGAUGAAUGAGGGUGGAUCAGUGGUACAGACGAGAUCUCCUAGUAGGGCCAUUUCCACUAACUAGCACUGUAAAAGCAUAAAAUAGUGAAAGUUGUUUCUGUUUAUCUAGAUGAUCACUUACUUAUGCCUUUGUUGUAGGAUAUCCACAUGCUACUUCCAUCUCAAACAUUGUUCUUAGCUGCUUUUUCUCCAUCAUCCCACAUGUAAUUCUUAGUUGAGAUAGAAAUUACAAGAAGCACAAAACCGCUAUCACUCUGUGUUUUUUUCUUUAUAAUGUGCAGUAUAACACAAUACAUGAUGUGACCUCAUAGUGCUGUUCCCACCAGUGCAGUGAUUUUGCAUACAGCACAAAUGCCAGGAUAGAGAGGACAACGAAGUGGUGGUUUUGUAUUUCUUAAAACACCUACUUUUGCCCUUCCUUAUAGGAUCUGGUUGCAGAUUGGAUGGGUGACAGUAAUUCCAGUAGCCCUCCUGAAUAGGUUAUUAGUAAUAGAAGAGUUGACAGGGCAAACUACUUGCUUAGUGCCAUUCAUGUGACACAGCACUGCACAUCUUCUUGCUAGAAAUGAAUUGCACACAUACAGUUUCACAAAUGUGCAAAGAACUCUCUUGUCUACUGGAGAUCACAUCCAAAGGGUGAUCCAUGCACAGAACCACAGUUCAAGCUUUCUGGAGCAGAACAUCUAUAUCCACAUUUAUGGCAUCAAACUAGGGCAUUAUUAUUUUUUUACCUUUUCAUAUAAUGAAUUUUUUGUCGUGUUAAACUAAAAUGAAAAUCUUUACAUUAAUUUAAUCCACAACCUAUUUUUGACACGUUUUAAAAUAAUUAAAUGCAUAUAUACCCAUUUUCACUCCAAAGUAUGGCUUUUGUAGAUAAAGUUCUAGUCAUACAUUUUUCCAGCGGAGUUGUGUAAGUUAUAAAAUGCUCAUACAUUCAGAAAAGCAAUUUUUAAUAUUUGUAUAAAAUUAAUGCCACUGUUGUGUAAUGGAAAGCUAGACAGAAUGAAUUAAAAACACUAAUCUAAAUGGAAAGCAGCAAUGUUAAGAAUACACAUGAUACUGAGAGUGGCCGAGUAACAAAAUGAGGAACUGCUUUGCACAGUUAAAGUGUUAUGUAAUAACAGAUCAAAGCAGUAUAGCUUUAUAAAUAUUGCCUUUUGUGUCUAUUUUGCAUGUGCUGUUAACUGAAUUCCUUUUUUAUGUGUGCAGCACUGCUGCAUGUUACACUGCAAAAAAGUCCAACUGUAGAUAUUUUUAACUGCUACACUCCCACUUGCCUUGAAACCUACAAUAGAUGGCAAUGCACAAGAACGCAAAGAGGAGCCCUGCAGGAUCAGGCCAGCGGCUCAUGUAGUCCGGCUGUCUAGUCUCUCAGUGGCCAACAAAAGCACAGCCUGAGCACCACAACGUUCUCCUAAACUUAUGCUUCUCUGCAACUGGCAUAUUGCCUCCCACAGCAGACGCAGAACAUAGAAAUCACUGUUAUUAGCUGUUACCCACUCCAAAUCCAGGGCAUGUAUAACUGGCUAAUAUAUUUUAAGUUUUUCUCCUUGUGGCAUGUCCCAGCAGGGAAUGUGGUGCCUCUGAGAACCCAGCAUGCAUCUGUGUAGAAGCUGACAUGCCAACUCUGGCCUCGAGGAAGCAACUACCGUGACCAAGACGGCUGAAAAAUGUAGUGCCCUGAUUACAGAAAAAGCUUCCAGGAGGCAGAGUCAUGUAACAUUUUGAGUGAUGGAACACAGUUUGCAUGCAUAAGGCCCCAGAUUCAAUUAUCACCAUUUCCAGUCAGAUUUGAGAAAAAACUAGGAGAGCCACUGCCAAUCAAUAGCAAGCUAAAUGAGCGUAUGAUCUGACUCUGUAGAAGGCUGCUUCCUAUGUUCUCUGUGCAAAUGUAUUCCUGUGGGUGGUUGACAUGCACCGCACAGAGAACACUCCAAAUACAUGGACCAGUCCUGACAGAAUCCUGAAAAAAUAUGUAUCCUUCCCACUGCCUAGCAUGCAACAGCCACAAGAUGCACCUGUGGUGCCGAAAUGGUGAAUGAAAGGAUCUUUUCUCACUUGCAAACAAGACACAAAACAGAGAUUUAAUACAUUACCAGUCCUCAGUUUCUUAUUGCAGAAUCAGUCAUUUCCCUAGCUUCUCAAAACAGACUGGUAAAACUCUAGCAGAGUUUCCACAAACAUGCAGUCCUUCUAAACAAUGACCCAAAACUUUCUAUAAACCUUCACAUCUGAGUUUAACACCCUUCCUUAUUUUAAUAAUUGCAAGGUGUUUAGUCACUCAUCCUGGUUUAGAGGAUUUUUGUAAGGAAGGAGGUGGAAAAAGUCACAUUUUCCCCAACAGAACAGAACUGUUGUAAUGCAGUACUUUUGCUUAGGUAAUGUGUCCCCUUUUGACUGCCGGAUUUAUCACCCAGUAUAUAAUUUGUAUGUUUGUAGCAAAAAUUACAAAUAGCACCUCCAGUAUUGCAUUGACAACAUAGCUUAAAACAGGCAUCCCCAACCUGUGGCCCUCCAGAUAUUUUGGCCUACAAUUCCCAUCAUCCCUAACCACUGGUCCUGUUAGCUAGGGAUCAUGGGAGUUGUAGGCCAAAACAUCUGGAGGGCCACAGGUUGGGGGUGCCUGGCUUAAAACAUAACAGCCCAAAUGCUGAAGUCUAACUUCCCAAGGGUUCUGUGCACCUGUAUGUUAAAAGAUGACUAAUUCAAUUUUAGGAAGCCUUUGUAAAGGGAAAGCAGGCCAGAAUCAUUGCUCUGCAGGCAGCUCAUUUAGUUGCUGUGUGUAGCAGGAUAGAUAUGGAAUUGGUGCCCAGCAAAUCUGUUGUGGUCACUUGUACAUUUUAUUCUGCCAGAUUGGUUUUUGUGUUGUCUUGUUUUUGUUUGCUUAAAUUGGACACGACUUCGGAAAGGUGGAGAAAACUGUACCAAAGUCACAGUCUUAAAACACAGAGAGAAAAGCAAACAAGUACAGGUCACUCACUAUUUCUUCUUUGUUGAAAUGGUGCUGGAAUUAAAUGCAGGCACUUUUCUUCCAAGAACCUACAGCUGACACAGAGAGGAAAUGCAUUUGAACCAAUUCAUGGCUAAAAUUAUUUGGGCAGAUAUUCUAAAUGCUGUGCCCUAAAUUAUACACACCCCACAGGAUAGCAUGGGAUGGAGGUUAUGUUUCUUUUUCUUCCUAGGACAGUAAUUAGCUGUUUUAAUGUUCGCAUACAAAAAUAAUAAAAUGACUACUGCUAAAUUAAAUUUUCUUUGUAAACAACUUCCAUUCCCAUUAAAAAUCACAUGACAAUGGCUAUUGACAUCCCACAGCUAGGGCUACAGUGAAAUGUGCUUUUAUCCUAUGUGCCAUGCUGGAAGGACUUUCAUGCGUUUGAAUUGCAGAAUCAAAGGGCUGGAGUCUGCUUUCCAUUUGGCAGCCUGUUCCUUUGAAUGCCUCUGCAGGUUCUUUCUCAAAAUCUAAGCUAAACAUAUACCUAUUUCAAGCAUCAAGCUUUCACAUGCUCAAUGUAACAAUGUGGUGAAUUCUCCCAGCACACUCAGCUGCCUUCUUUUAGAGUAGCAAUGUUUUAGUAAGAUUCAGGAAAAUAAUUUAAACACUGCUUAAAAUACUAUUUUAAAAAAAUAUUUAAAAUUCAGCAUGAGCUGGGACCAAAAGAAGGAGGAGGAUUUUGAACCUGUCAGUUUAUUAAUGAUAGCAUCUCUUUUCAAUUGUACACCUGGGCUUUCAAUCUUUUUUCUCUUUCCUUCUGCAGGGUUCCUAAUCAUCCUUCAGUACCUUAUCAUUAUUACGAACCUGUAGGACCUGAUGAAUGUACAAUGUACAUUUCACAUGAACGGGGAAGAAAGGGCAGUCAUCAUCGUUUUAUCACAGAAAAACGAGUGUUUGAGAAUUGGGCCCGGACAUUCAAUAUUCACUUUUUUCAGCCAGACUGGAAACCAGAAUCACUUCCUAUAACUCAUGCUAAGAUUAAAAUGGUAUUCUAAGGAAUGAAUGCACAAAGUUGUAAUCACAAUCACUUACUGUAUCAGGCUUCAGGGGAACUGAACAUUGUAUCAGAGCAAGCCAACCUGGAAAAAAGAAAGGUUAACAGGGUUUGCGGAUAAAAACUGCUACAAUAUUCAGGAAGUUAUUGCAAAGGCGUACCUAAAAUGGACAUUUGGUAUCCAGUUGUAUCUAAAUUGAACAUUUUAACUUCUGUCCAUCAGCCUCACAUAUGUGUAUGUGAUUUGUUAAAAAGAGGAGGAAAAGGAUGAAGAAACCUGUGGUAUAAUAAGAAUAAUUCAAGAGAAGUUUAAUUCUUUAUGUUUUUAAGGCACGUUGCCGCUGGGUUUUCAUAGUGACAUUUAACAGUUACUUACUUAGUGGAGGUUUUUUAAUGCAAUCCAGUAUUUUUCUAUUUCACAAUAAUAUGGUUAUUUAUCUUUCAUAAUCCCUCCAAAACUGAGGAUUUAUAUACUGCUGCUGGUUUAAGGCCCAGCUUCUUGUUUAUACAUUUUCUCUUUGAAAUAUAAGAUGAUUCUAUCUAGCAUGUAAUUAAUAUUUGAUCUGGAAGCUAUGUGCUUUAUUUAUUUCUUUUUUUACUCUUGGGCUCUGUUCCAGCAUCAAGCCAUUUGACACAGUGGCGUAGCGUGGGGGGUGCAGGGGGGACUGGCCGCACCGGGCGCAACAUCUGGGGGGGGCGCGCUUGCACUCGCAGUGCUAAAAUUCACGGGUUAGGGGGCGCAAAUUACUUGCCUUGCCCCGGGUGCUGACAACCCACGCUACGCCACUGAUUUGACAGCAAGCACAUCUUUAUGUGAAGCUCUAGCAGAGGCGGGUGCCCAAAAUUACAGUAUGCGGCAUCACACACACAAAUAAAGAGAAAUGCAGAGGACCAGUUUAGGGACUUUCCAUCUCUCAGUCAUUGUUUUUAGUCUUUUCGUAUUUCUAGCAACUCACUUUCCAUAGUAUCACAGCAGUCUGGCCUUGUGCUGCCCUCAGCCUACCUGACCAAAAGGUGUUCUAAGCAAGCUGAGCCACUAACGCGCAGGUGUUGGUGUGUUGUUUUUGCACAUGAUCUGCGAGCAAUUGCUUAGUUUGUUUUUUUCAAAUUUAUAAAAGCGUUUUACAGAAAUCAUUGUUAUGAUGAUGACAAGCUAUACAGGCCGACAUGGGGGCAGUAAUGAAACCAACAAAGGCCGACUGCAUCCUUCUCUGGGCAUAGCAGAGCCCAGACCUUUGUAAAUACAGGGUUUGUGUAUAACUAAGUAGCAGCUGAGGGAAGGCAGGUGAACACAGAGGAAGUUUCCACCUCGUCAACCAACUUCAUGUAAGUUUUGAGGUGUGGUAAGCAGACUGCAUGGUUCAGUGAUCGAGUCCAACGAAUUCUAUGUGGAUCUAGUAUUGGUCCUGACUCAACACGAAUAAAAGGUGCCGGUUUCUUUUGAGAUGCACUGGACAAUAUAAAAUUCUUUCAAAUCAGACUGAAUGGCACCAAUAGUUCUGUAUGUUGAUACUUGCACAUUUUGUUUUUGUGGGAUUAUACCUGGCUGAUGAAUAAAGAGGAUUUCAUUUUC